AUGCAUGGUAAUACUGUACGGUGGCUGUAUUUCUGGAAGUCAUCUCUUUUUUCACCACCCACAGUCACUCAUGUCGUUUUUCCUAAAUUAAAGGAUAUUUCCAUCGCCCCCUCUCUGAAUCAGAGAAUAUCCUCGCACAUGUGGCGGAGGAUGUGAUAAUAACUGCUGCAAUGUGUAUGCUCAUAAUAUUUCAAGUAGAAGAAUUAAAUAAUAAAUGUAUUUAUCAAACUUGCAGUUUAUUUUCAGUAAGGAGUGAGUGAUGUAUUUUAACCCUUGGUGCUGUGCUAAUUAUCCCUCCUUUCUCCACAGUGUUCUUACAGGGUACAAUGGCACCAUAUUUGCUUACGGACAGACGGGCAGUGGAAAGACUUUUACAAUCACCGGGGGAGCAGAGCGUUAUAGUGACAGAGGAAUUAUCCCUCGGACCUUGUCUUACAUUUUUGAACAAUUUCAGAAGGUUGGUAAUGGAUUUGGGAAUCAGGAAACAGAACAACUCAAAGUUAUUGUAGCCCAAAAUGCUUAGAUGCAUUUUUAAAGUAUGAGGCAUCAGACUUUCUCCCAUUUAAACGAUUCUCAGAACCCUUCUCGGCACACCGGUUGGUGUCAUUAGCCUGCUUCUAAGUGUGAAGCUAUUAGUCCAUUACUUUGAUGCUGCAAUGUCAAUUAUUUCCAAAAUCUCCGUGAUUGAGAUUGGAUGCCAAGCCGUCUCUAAUAAUCUGUUUGUGUUUUUAUGUUCCAGGACAGCAGUAAAGUAUACUCUAUACAUAUCUCCUACCUAGAAAUUUAUAACGAGUGUGGAUAUGAUUUGCUGGAUCCCAGACACGAGGCUUCUAAACUGGAAGAUCUGCCGUAAGUGCUCAAUUCACAUAUAUUACAAAAGCACCUCACCAUAUGGACCUACCGUCCCUCCAUCAGUAACCUACACUCUGAGAUAACAGGCAUCUCUGCCGUGUAGUGCAUUUUUUGCCUGGGUAUUCUCUUCCACUAAUGGUGCCUGUUUGUAGAUCAUCUCUCUGGUCUUAGUGUUGGAUGUGCCUAAACUCUGCCAUCACAUACUGCAGUAAUGACAGUGAUGACACAGGGUUAACUCGCAGAAUGCUACAAAACAUGUUAUUUAAGUAUUACAAAAACUACAUAAUAUUAAGCAUGCAAAAAAAAUGCUGUAUUAAGGCCAAAAACAUAAAAUGCAUACACGUUGUUGGCUGCUUAGAGCGUACCCUUAAGCAAUCACUAGACCUUAAAGUCUAUAAUGUGCCGAUAAUAUGAUGCAGUGUAGUGUGUGCCUUUAGACAGUUACGGUCUCACUUCCACUGAGCUCUCUGGCCAGCAGCUGAGGCGGGGGAUAACCACCUGAAAAACACUCAAUUGUUGGAGCUUAACAUCAGAAAUCAUUGUGAACUGUGCUCUUCCCAGGGCCUUUCCUCCUAUGUAUAAACCACAAAAUAUAGCAUGCUUACAGCAUGAAUGGGAAAAUCACAAAGCGUUUGGUGAUCCAGAGCAGAAACAGCCAUCUUUUGUCAUCACUUAAAUAAGCUUUAAUUCUGCCAGCUGUGUGUCAUGAAGGCUUCAAACCAUGCCGUUUGAGAGCCAACGGCACUCACACAGCCUCAAAAACUUCUUAUUUUUAUACUGAUUCCUUUAGAUAGGGGUAUAGUGACCACAAGUUACUCACCUGAUAUUUUUCAUGUUUCCUAGCAUAAUCCUGAGAGAUAAAAUUCAUAAGAUGCUUGUAAAGAGUAGAAAAAUAUAUUAUCUGAUCUACAAACAACAACCUUCUCUGUCCUCUCAUAAAUAGCUUUAAUUAUUCCUGUACCAUAAAGGCAUAGCCUGCGUUGUGAUGGUGUUUCGUCCAGUAACCCAUCCGCCCCAUGGACUAGAAUAGUACUACCAAAUGUCGUUUUAAGGUGUUUAUAAACUCUGCACAUAUUGGUAAUGGCAUAAGGUGCUGCUGGCAGUAUAUGAAAUCUAUGUGCUUUUAGUGUGAAAUUAAUUAACAAAUUAUGGUGGCUCCUUUUGUCAUGACCUUUGGAAUUAAAGGGUCAUUUGGUGUAGUGGUUAUGGUGCAAUGCGACUGUGUAAGUCACAUGCAGGGAGGUGUGACGAGGGCUGUAUACAAAGUAUAACAGUAUAACAAAGUAAUAAAUUUCUAAUAAUUGAACUGUGAGACUGCAGGGGCAUGAUCUAUACAUCAAAGCUGCUUUAUUAUGAUAAAGUUAUUCUGAUGACUAUAGUGUCCCUUUAACAAUGCAGAAAAUUUAGAAAUUCACACCUUUUUAUCCUGUAACUGGGCACCUCUAUCUGAGUUCCCUGUCAAUCUUUGUAAGCGCUGUCCUUUGCUCCGGGCAGUCGGUAUAGACAGGGCCGGAUUAACAUAGGGGCUGAUGGAGCUGCAGCUCCAGGCCCAGGCCCAUGGAAUAGGCCCAUUGAUUUAAAAAAAAAAAAUUUUUUUUUUUUUUUUUUACAUUUUUUUUUCCACACACUACUCUUAGGGAUUCCACCUGGCUUUUAUUUUAUUGGCACAGCCAGUAUUUGAGGCUGCCUGGCUGGUGUCAAUAUUGCAGUGAUACUGGCAAUACAAAUGCUGGUAUUUUUCUCAGUAUAAACAAGAGAUUACUCUGCAAUACCAGCACUGGCCAGUAGGGGUCGCUGUGUGUGGAGACAGGCAGGGAUAGGAAGUUCCAGCAUAUCCCUCCCUGCCUAUCUAUACUCACUGAUCUGCAGGGGUGCUGCUACAGAGAGUCCAGACAGCAACUCCCACCCUGCAGAGACAGCCUACAGCUCAGGGAAGUAAGGGAUGGGGGGAAAGGCUGACACUACACUAAGGGACAUUGGGAGACAUACACUGAGACACUAAGGGACAUUGGGAGACAUUAUGGCAGACACUGAGACACUAAGGGACAUUGGGAGACAUUAUGGCAGACACUGAGACACUAAGGGACAUUGGGAGAUAUUAUAGCAGACACUGAGACACUAAGGGACAUUGGGAGAUAUUAUGACACAGACAUAUGGGGACACAGUGUCCCCAUGUCUCCCAGCCAGUGUCCCUGGUGUCUCAGUGCCCCCUAGUCUCCCAGUCUCUCACUGUCCCCAUGUCUCCUAGUGCCUCCAUGUCUCUCAUUGCCUCAAGUGUCACAAUGUCCCCAUGUCUCCAAGCUAGUGUCCCUAGUGUCUGUGGCCCUGGUGUCUCAGUGUCCCCAUGUCUCCCAGUGCCCCCAUGUCUCAAUGUCCCUAUGUCCCCCAGCCAGUGUCUCUUGUGUCUUUGUCCCUGGUGUCUGUGUCCCCAUGUCUUCAAGUGUCCCCUAUUUUCCCAUUGUCCCCAUGUGUCCCAGCCAGAGUCCCCUAGUCUCCCAGUGUCACUUGUGUCUCCGUGUCCCUAGGUCUCUCCGUGUCCCGAGGUCUCCCCAUCUUCCUAAUGUCCUAGUGACAUAGGGGCCCUGGGAUACAUAGGGACAUGGGGCAUUGAGACACUGUGAUACAUAGGAUCACUGGGAGACCUGGGGACAUGACACUGGGAGACAUGGGGCACUGAGACACUGAUACAUAGGAACACUGAGACCUGGAGUAAUCGACACAUGGGGGCACUGAGUCACGAGGACACUGGAAGACAUAGGAGCACUGGGAGGAAUCCAUCUAUACAGCAGAAUCAAACUAAGUAGUUUUUUGGUGAUUUUACAGCAUUUUCUCUUAUGUCACUCCUUUUUUUCCAAGAAAGGUGGCAAACCUAACUACUUUUCACAUACUCUUACUUAAGUAUGGAAACUUAAGUGGGAUGUAUGGGAACAAACGUGUGUGGACUGGCUGACAAUGAAUAUAGUUAAAGGGACACUAUAGUCACCAGAACAACUACAGCUUAUUGAAUUUGUUCUGGUGAGUAGAAUCAUUACCGUCAGGCUUUUUGCUGUAAACACAGAGAACAUGCAGUCUUUACAUUACAUCCUAGUGAUAACUUCACUGGCCACACCUUAGAUGACUGUUAGAGAUCCUUCCUGGGUCAUGGCUGCCUAAAAUGCAUCCAAACAUUCAGUGUCUCCUCCCUCUGCAUGCAGACACUGAACUUUCCUCAUAGAGAUUCAUUAAUUAAAUUCAUCUAUAUAAGGAGAUGCUGAUUGGCCAGGGCUGCGUUUGAAUCAUGCUGGCUCUGACCCUGAUCUGCCUCUUUGUCAGUCUCAGCCAAUCCUAUAGGGAAGCACUGUGCUUGGAUCAGGCCACCACUUCUAAUGAUGUCAGCAGACUGCUUGUUUUAUGAGUCUAACAGCUUUGGGCUUGAAUAUAGUAAGAUUUUGCUAUAUUUAUGGAGGCAUGAGGGGCCCAGGGGGCUAGAUGGUGGUGUUAACACUAUAGGGUCAUGAAUUCAUGUUCGGGGUUAUGGAUUUACUUGAAAGAUGAAAACAUAAAUUAGAGAGAGAUUAGCCUUUUCUUAUAGCUGCUGUUUUCUUUCUCUCCAGCACCAUCUCCAUCAGAUACAUGAUGCUUGCGAGUGUUUUACUGUUUUUGGUCGAUAUGAUUCUGUAAUUAGGCCCGUCAUAAUUGUCAGCACCAGGCCCACUGGGCUCUUAAUCUGGCCCUGGGUAUAGAAAGAGCAGACAGAGAAGAUGAGGAAUUAAACAAUGUUUCUAUUUGUCCUCUGCAUUUACAAUGUUUGGUAAAAGCAGGAGAAUGGGGGGAUGGGUCUGCGCCAAUGUGCACAAUAAAUAAUAGUAUUGAGUCCAAUAGGAUCUAUAUUGUCGUUUCCAAAGUUCUACUUUUAGCGAUAUCCAGAAGGUGUCGGUGGUGUGAAGGGUAAUCCAAAUAUGUGUAAAUAGAAGAGAUCUUACUUACAAUUAGCAGAGCUUAAUCCAGCUCUGGUGUGAAUGGCUUACAGCGGUAUUAUCCCCACUUGCAGGAUAUGCGGCAAGUGUCCUCUUCUUUGUAGUGACAGGUAACCAAGUUGGAAAUAAAAAUGGAGACAAUAAUGGUGCAGUAUGUUCCACACGUAUAGUAAAAAAUAUAAAAUAUAAUAGAUACACUCACAUACUGUAGAGCUUUGACUAGCUCUAGUUGGUUAGGCGUACAGCGGUAUCAUCCCCGCUUGUAGGAUAUAGGAUGAGUGAGCUUGACGAGAAUAUCAGGAGCUCGGAGAGAAGAUAAAACAGCGAUAGUGCUCUCAAUAAAAUCUUAAUAAUAAAAUAAAAUAAUAAAAUAUACUCACAAUGUAUAGGGCAGGCUAACUGCUCUAUGUAACAGCGUAGGUGGUAUAAUCCCCACCUAGGAUUCUUUGGAGUAUAGUAUGCAGGAGUUAAAAAUAAUAAAAGAAGUAUAUAGUAUAAAAUGUAUAUAAAACGUAUAUAAAAAGCCAGGUAACAAAAAAGAUGAUGGUUUAAAUGUAAAAAUGACCAAAAUCUUUUUAUUAACAGUAUAUAAAACAGUAAAAAUAUCCAAACGCGUUUCGCCUGUAUAAGGCUUUAGCAAGCCUUAUACUGGCGAAACGCGUUUGGAUAUUUUUACUAAAGUAAAAAUAUCCAAAUGCGUACCACCUACGCUGUUACAUAGAGCAGUUAGCCUGCCCUAUACAUUGUGAGUAUUGUGACGAAGUGCCCUUCGCCACUUGUGCCUGGAGAGGACUGCUUGCCCGCCUCUUGCCCUGUGACUAUGGCCCCUGGGAUGUAUUGCCCUUUAAAGACAUGAUUUGGGCAUAAUGGAUUUGUGUUGUGCUGCUGCUGGCCCUUUAAGAACCAUCUGGGGACAUACUGUGGAGUUACUGGGUGGCCACCAUUUCCUGUAUCAGAAGCACAUGGUGAGAACAAUGGAUGGCGGACAUUUUAACUCACAGACACUGUUUUUGGACUUUUCAACACGGUGCCAUCUUGCCAGUAUUUGGUGCACAGAGACAUCGUGCAGUGGUUUUGGACUAUACAGCAGGGGACACAUUAUAAAGUGAUUAUUUUUCAUUUAGCCUGUAUAUGUUCUGCAGAAUCUGCAUUAAACUGUAUUUUCCAAAGUACUGAACGGAUCUGGGUGAAUUUUGGAUAUGUGGUUCACCCAGAUCCCCCGGUUCCAAGGAUAUACUUUUUAUGGGGUUAUUGCAUGUUUUGGGGUCCCUGUGUGUUUUAUGAAACUGUAUUAUUUCUGGCCAGCAGAUAAUUGAGCUUUGUGUAUUGUAGAAACUCAAUUAUCUAGCCUGGCCCAGAGGAGGAGUUUUGUGUUGCAUAAAUUGUGAGUUCUGUGUGCCAGUAAAUCAGUCUUGUUCCAGCAUUAAGCCUUGGCUCAUGUUUGGGGAUUGGAGAAAUACACUCUGCGGAUUGCUAUAAUCACUAUACUCCCCAGGGUAUGAUCACUAAGUUCUGCUAAGAGCUUGUUCCUGCUCUCUGGGGAAAGAGAGGUUCACCCACUGGAAGCUGGAUCCUGGCCUUGGGUCCAGGGUGGGUGGAGACAGCAGAGACCCCAGCACAGUUGCAUCGCUGGAAGUGGGGUCUGCAGUGCUGAUGGUGUCGGUUGGAGUGCUUGGAGUCCUCGGCAAGCGCUAGGAGCAUCGAUUGGCGGAGGUACUCAGUCGGAGUGCCAGCGUUCCGUCACAAGUAUAUUUUAUUAUUUUAUUUUAUUAAUAAGAUUUUAUUGAGAGCACUAUCGCUGUUUUAUCUUCUCUCCGAGCUCCUGAUAUUCUCGUCAAGAUCACUCAUCCUAUAUCCUACAAGCGGGGAUGAUACCGCUGUAUGCCUAACCAACUAGAGCUAGUCAAAGCUCUACAGAAUGUGAGUGUAUCUAUUAUAUUUUAUAUUUUUUUACUAUACGUGUGGAACAUACUGUACCAUUAUUGUCUCCAUUUUUAUUUCCAACUUGGUUACCUGUCACUACAAAGAAGAGGACACUUGCCGCAUAUCCUGCAAGCGGGGAUAAUACCGCUGUAAGCCAUUCACACCAGAGCUGGAUUAAGCUCUGCUAAUUGUAAGUAAGAUCUCUUCUAUUUUCACAUAUUUGGAUUACCCUUCAUGCCACCGACACCUUCUGGAUAUCGCUAAAAGUAGAACUUUGGAAACGACAAUAUAGAUCCUAUUGGACUCAAUACUAUUAUUUAUUGUGCACACUGGCGCAGACCCAUCCCCCCAUUCUCCUGCUUUUACCAUUGAUUUCCAGGGACAUUAGAGGGAGUCCUUGUUUGGGACUGCUGCCUUCCUGAUUAGCGCUGACUCCACCCCUUGUUCUGUUAUCCAUUUACAAUGUUUGCUCCGGCUUGGCCUUGUCUGAACCAGAUAUGUGUAAAGGUUUUAGGUGAUUUGUCCAAAUAUAAUUCCUGGUAAUGGUCGAAUGAUUCAAUUCUGAAUCGUCUUACUGGUGGAGUCUACAGAUUAGAUCAUUUCGGAACUGAUUGUUCAAGUAUGAGUUAACAUGAAUUUUUGGUGGACAAACUGCUUCUACUCUGAACUGGAUUAUGAAAUCCUUGGCUUAAUCUCUAACAGAAAAUUAAAAGAAAAAUAAAAAAAUAUAUUAUCGCAGGUUAUAGGCAAUAGUGUUUAAUUUGAUGGCAUAAAUUCCAGAGAAGUGUCAGCUCUUCUUUAAAUGUGUGCCACCGUCAUUCGUCGGCUGGUAGUAUGUAAUGGGUACUGACAACAGAUGCCCAGAUUGAAAUUUUUUUCUCAUUCGUGGCCGGCAGAUGUCACCGGGAGUGGUAGAGUUACACUUCCAGCAACAAAGUGCAUUUUCUGUGUUUCAUAUUGAAACACUCUACAUACUGACUCCAAGCACCAUGACCACUUCAAAUCACUGAGUGGCCAUGUGCUUGGAGUAACUCCUUAAGAAGUUGAUUCACUUGUUGUGGUUCAAUACAUGUUUAUGUUCAUUCUUUAUUGCUGUAACAUUGUUCAGAUAGAAGCUGUAUAUCUGCCUCAUUCACCUCACACAACCCUUAACAAAGAACAAGACUUGUGGUUACUAUACAAUCCCUACAUAUUUAUAAGAUAAUAUCCCUGCACACGCUGUCCUAGUCUCAACAUUAAUCCUCCUUGUCUACAAUCAAAAUAUGUUUUUAUUUCAAACUAAAUAGAACUAUUUUUAUUUCCAUGUUUUCCACGAAAGCAGACAGGCUGGAUACAGUUGCUCAAAAGUUGACUAAUGUUUCAAAUUCAGUCAUUUGACAACUUGACCCUAACAAGGUCUUUUCUACUCUUUAUGAGGUGACCUAUGAUGGUUCCAAAUUGAUUUAUUUCUUCAGCUACAGCAGUGUUAUAUUAGUAUAAAUAUAGCACUUUGCAAUUAUAGAAAGGGGAUAUUUAGAGGAGGAGAAGCUUGCAAUCUAUGAAUUGGUAGAUGGAUGUAUAUCGUACGGUGUCUUGCCCAAGGACACUUACUGGUCAGGUGGUCGCAGUUCUAAGGCAGUGAUGUUACUGCUGCUUUUAUCAGAUUAUAUACUUUUUGUAAUGUUUUUUUUUUGUUUGCAUCUUUUGUUUAGUUUAUUCUGUCAUGGUGUGAGAUAGUCACAUCUUUAAAAAGAUUUUGACUCACCAUAUUCAGUAUAUUUUCAUACUCCUGGAAUCUUCUCAACAUGUGUAUGAAUGUGGAAAUCUAAGGAAUUGGAGAUCUGUUUUCAGGGCUAGUUUGCAAUUGUCUUACACGAGCCCUGAUAUCUAUUUUAUUAACUCAGGCUGACCUGCGUUCAUUUGAGGGGAGAGGGAUCCCUAAUACCGUUGUUAUCUGACAGCUGUGAAAAUGUCUGACCUACCAGUAGCUACAGUUAAAGAUCACCAGACAUACCACGUGCGUAAAUUGCUGUUGGUUUCAAGACAAUGACUAAAUAUUAUUUUAGAAGGCAUAGGUCAUUCCCAGAAUAGGAAUAUACUCUGCUGAUGAAAAAGAGAUAGCAAAUUAGUAUGAAGCUGAUCUUUAAAAAGCCAGGGCUUGUGGAAUAUCCACAAGUAUUUCAAUGAAAUAUGCUUUCUCGCAGUAUCUUGUUACUGGUAAUAAUGUGGAAAGUCAAGAAAAUUACAGACGGCAUAAAAGGUCCUAUAUUUAUCGAUGGUUUCUUUAGACAUGGUUUAGACUAAAAGCUUCUAUUUUGGGGAUCCAGACACCCUUUUCUGCAAUGACUCUUAAUUUAAUGCUUUAUGGAUUAAUAGACGAGGAAUGCAAAUAUCUUCCUCCACGUAAUAACAUAGGUUGGUGACAUUAAACUAGCUGUUGCAAGAAAAGUUAAAAACAACAACCAACUUUCAAAUGACAGGGCAGUAAAUACUAAGAAUGAAGGGAACCUGUCCUCCAGGAAUAAAUGGCUGUCAGAUUCUGGAAACCGUUAAUCUAGUAAUGUGAUUAGUCUGACAUGUGUCUAAUGGGCACACGUGCAAUAAUGCUAUCGGUCUCAACGUUAAAAGGUGAGUCUGGAUCUUUAGAAAACAGUAGCUCCAGGGGGGUGUGGCCUGGCAGCUCACUGCGAUGGUCGUGUGAGCCGUUAGCUCCUCCGAGCUAAGUGAUUAGUCUACAAUCUUUUGCCCCUAUUCACAUCCACUGGGCUCCACUACAAGCUAGAAUACCAUGGUACAGAAAUCGUCUAAAAAAACAAAGCUGAAAUAAACAAACAGGAAAGUUGCAGCUCUGAUGUCGCCAACAUACAAGGCCCAAGAUGGUGCUGGAGACCCGUCGUCUCCUGUAGCCUACUCAGACACGAGCGACAACACUUCGAUUUCCACUGCUCAGGUGUGGCAAUUACAGAAGCGGCAGUGCAAAGAAUGCUACAGACCUUACAAUCCACACUCCAAGCAGAAUUCGCCAAAUUAACCAAAGACGUCAGAUUAAAUGUCCAAGCCAUUGGCGAAUGUACAGCUCACCUCAAGGAAAAGACGGACAAAAUCAUCGCGGCACAUAACACUCUUGCUGCUGCCUAUGAAAAUAUAAAAGCCCAACUGUCAUCACUCACUGCUAAAAUUGCCGAUUUUAAGACAGAGAUCGACAUACCAGAAGUGUUUAAACCUGCGGACCUACAAGCGUAUGCUCUGGAACUAUUCCAAGCCCUGGUUAUCUGAACAAGAUGGCAGGCUAGACCGCAUUCAUCGUCUACCGUGACCAAAAUUUCUCCCGACCACGCUACCCCGAGACGUCAUAUCGAGGGGGAAACUUAGUGUCAUGCAGGCCGCCAGCAAUGCUACGGACUUACCUGACAAAUUCCAAGGAGUAAAGCUGUUUCUUGAUCUCUCUUCUACAACGCUCCAGAGACGCAAAUAAUUUGCUCCCAUCACUGAAGCGCUACGGGACUAUCAGGCAAAAUGGAAUAGACCAUACAGUCCUCACACCAGAAGAAGGUGUCAGACUGCUGAAGGACCUGAAUAUAACUCCGGCUGUCACACCUAAGGACCGAGCCAGCACAUACAGUCCACCCAACAAGCAAGGAAAUCUCUGGUCAAGAUGUCUCAGGACUGGAACAACACCCCAGGAGUAAAAUGAUGGCAAGGAGCCGGACAUGGCGCGGACGCAUCCUUUGCUACUUUGCCUGAGCUGCCUCCAUAGAAGGGUUCAACCGUUACGCGUGCAUACUAGUACCAGGGCUGGUCAAGCCUUUAUCUAUUAUAUUGGUUUAUUUUUUACACCGUUAUUUUCUAUUAUUAAGAUGUUUACUAUGUUUGACCAUUAUCUAAUGAUUCACACUGUUGAACCCUAUGCAGAUCCCACCCAAGUACACCAUAGGCAAGUCUCGCAUUCCAGAGGGGGCUCGGCACUGAGGGUCCAUAUAGGCCCACCACACACUCACCAGAGGGCAAAUGAAUUCCCAUAGCCCUUAUCCCUCCCCCCAUUGGCUCCAUGGGGCCACCUUGUCAUACCUAUUACAUAGGUGCCAAGCACCUACAUGGUUUUGUGAACAUAGUUCAGUUUUUAUUUUUUAUCAUCCUUUCUAUUUCCACUGGUAUCCCAACUCCCCAAGACUCAAUGACCAAUGACUCUUUAGGAGCCUACUGCCUGAUGAACUAGAACUCCUCUCUCAACCAUUUACAGCUGUAUACAUAGCACAAGCUAUCCAUAAGCUACCAAUGCAUAAAUCCCCAGGUCCAGACGGGUUUACUAACCUAUAUUACCAAACCUUUGCAGGUGACCUUAUACCAAACAUGACCACACUAUUUAACCAUUGCUACUCAACAGGUAUGAUGCCCUCUGAGAUGUUAAAGGCGCACAUAUCCACAUUACCAAAACCCGGUAAGACCCCCACAACCUGCCAAAACUUCAGGCCCAUUUCUUUGCUCAAUUGCGACAUCAAGUUAUAAAAUCCUCGCCAACAGACUCUCUCAAAUCCUCACUGGAGUCAUCCAUAAUGAUCAAUCCGACUUUGUCAAAACUAGACAGGGGUCGGAUAACACCAGGAAAAUAUUGGAUAUCUUGGCUCAUAUGGAAACAGAGAACCUGUGAGGCCUUCUCCUGCACUAGAUGCUGAGAAGGGCUUUGAUCGCUUUAACUGGCAAUACAUGGAACAGGUGCUCAUUAAGUAUGGUUUUCCACCUUCCUUUCUAGCUGGAGUAAUGGCUCUGCAUAAAAGCCCCUCAGCGCAAGUGGUAAAUGCGGGAUUUAUUUCUAAACCGUUCCACAUUACAAAUGGUACGUGUCAGGGUUACUCCUUGUCGCCAUUGCUUUUUAUCCUAAGCCUGGAACUGCUGGCAUACCGAAUCAGUCAUCACCCGAGCAUUGAGGUUAUUGGCAUACAAUCUAUGGAGUGCCGCCACUCGAUGUUUGCGGAUGACAUCUUACUAACACUUGGCAACCCCACCGAAUCCCUUCCAGCCUUUUACAUACUCUUAGGGAAUAUAGUACAGUGUCAGACUAUAAACUCAACAAAGAAAAGACACAAGCGCUUCCAAUACGCCUUCCCAACACACAGAUCCACACAUUGAAAGCUGCACACAACCUCGACUGGAGGCAUACACAUAUCACAUACCUAGGAGUGAAAACAGCUACCACAUACCGACAGAUUAUAAACCUAAACCAUGGACCAAUGGUGCCCACCAUCAAAAAUUAACCUAAGCUGGCUUGGCAAAAUCAAUACUGUAAAGAUGAUGAUCCUCCCGAAAGUUCUAUACAUAUUUUGUAUGCUCCCCUUAUCGUUAUCCUCAUCUUUAUGCGAACAGAUACAGACCACACUAUCACUAUUCAUAUGGGAGAAGAAAAAAACAAGAUUGUCACUCGGCUUGUUACAAACUAGAUCACGUGAAGGAGGCCUUUGCUUCCCUAAUAUCAUGGGAUACCAUAGAGCUUCCAUUUUAGAAAAUGCUAUCAAACUACAUGCACGACCAGAUACCUUACAGUGGGUAGACAUAGAAAAUAAAUUCACCCCCACAAACGCUCUCACUGACAUGCUAUGGACACCAAAACACCUUAGGUUAUCCACUAAUACAUUAUUACCGCUGACACGGGAAACAAUUCGUAUAUGGGACCACUUGAGGCAAACACAUGGGCAUGUGGACAAAUUCCACCCGGGGCACCUAUCUCUGCCCUAAAAUACAAUACACAAGGGUUGAAUAUCAACAUGUGGCAAAAGCUAGGUAUCACACACCUAGAACACCUCUUAGACCAGGGGUUCUCAACGUUAGUCCUCAGGACCCCCUACCAGUCCAGGGUUUAGGGAUUACCUGUGUGUGUCUAAGGUGUUUAGAAAAAGAAAAAAAAAAACACCUUAGAGUCUAAGGUGUUUUUUUCCCUUUUUCUAAACACCUGAGACACAUCCAGGUAAUCCCCAAAUCCUGGACUGGUAGGGGCUCCUGAUGACUGGGUUGAGAACCCCUGUCUUAGACCAUACCAAACUUUCCAGGAACUACAGGCAAGCUACAUGAUAUCAAACUCAUAUGUCUUCUACUAUUUCCAACUACGGAGCAUACUACACAAUCAGAUUCACCAUUUGGGGACAUCACCUAUGGUCACUAAGAAUUACGUAGCAUUGAUGUACAAACGGUGCUGCACAACACCCAUUAUGCCCAAAGCCCUCUCACUAUGUUACGCCAUACUGGAUUCUCUACCCCACCAAGAAUUCUCUUUCGUUGCCCAGUGGGUGAAAUUAAUGCGACACAACCCUAGACACCAAACAAUGGAAAAAUAUAACCCUUGCCCUGAAUGGCUUAACUACAUGCUACUCGCACGUAGAAGCGCAUAGAAAACUAAUAUAUAGGUGGCACGUCACUCCCAGUCACCUACACAAGAUCUUUUCGACAACACCAGCUACUUGCUGGAGGUGCGGUGUGGAAGAAGGCACCAUGACGCAUAUAUGGUGGUCUUGUCCCACCAUGCGGGAAUUAUGUUCCUGAGUCCACUUAAAUUUUUUAAAACAUGCACCUAAGUGAUAUCCCCGUCACAGCAACGACCUGUCUUUUCCUCUCAUUCCCGCCACUAACCCCACUAGCAAGCAGAAAAUUGGCAGCCCAUAUCGUAUUGGCAGCACGCAAUCACAUAGCAUCCUCAUGGAAACAGACAAUGUGUCAUACACACAGCUUAUAGAGAAGAUCCACCAUUACUAUAUAUAUGACUCAAUGAGUGACAUUGUGGCAAACCUAGCCACUUGGACAAUACAAAGAGACUGUGCCUUUAAGGGUUGCCUGUAUGUCUAGAGAGAUAGGUGCUUCAUUCUGUAUGUGUAUGCUUUAUGUAUGUUCUGCAUUGCCUUUUGCCGAAUGCAAAUGGCGGUGUUGUAUGGGGAUUUUCUUUCGUUUCACGAACGGCACUUUGGAGGGCCGUUCGUGAACCGAACGCAAUACCCCCUAAUAGCCCACACACUUAGAGGCGUGUGGCGCUAGUUAACCGAUUGCAACAAUGUUGCAAUCGGUUAUUAGAGGCUCUCCUGGGUGGCCGUCGUUCGACUACCGACCAUGCGGCGGUCGGCCAUCUUGGAUCCUUUGUUCCCUCAGCGGUGCUAGGUCGUCGAACGCAUGGUACUAAAAACGGAUACUCGACGGCACGAACACCGCUGAGCCUCCAGGACGUUCGGGAGUUUCGGGACAUUCGGUAUUUUGUUCCCUGCAAGCAAUCGGUUCUUUUUACAUGUUUUAUCAGAAAUCUGUCUUUCGUGCGGCGUUCGGUUAUUUUAGCUGAGAUCUGAGCGGUAAUCUCACGAAUGAUGCGCUCAGACCCCAGCUAUCUACCGAACGUCCAUUCGUGUAAAUCCACCAUAUAUUUGACAAGUUAUGGAUUUUUGUGUGAAUUGUCGGUUCUGCUGCACGAGGGGAUAAUCCACUUAACGGUGCAUUCUGGGAAGAUGAUCCCUCUCGUGCAGCGGUGCCUGAUGGGAGAAAUAUGCUGUAAUGUAAGUCCCCCAUGUAGUCCCCUCUGGGAGUGCCCCUGGGGAGGGACUAAGGAAACCCCUUGCAUGGGGACUUGUAUAAAUUGUCCUGCCGAUUAAAAGGAUUUCAGUUGACUCUCAGAACUGUGUCUCGUCCGGUUACUGGGAGGUUGGGGAUAUUGCCUUGUUGUUUCAACGCUUGACUGUGGAUUAUGUCCUGAACCAGCGGAAUUCGUGGAUUUAUUAUUGGCGUUCCGCUACAGACAUCUUACUAAUACAUUGCAACCCCAACACACUCUAAACACCCUUGGAAACCCGAGUUAGAAUAUAGGGAAUAAUACGGGAACCAAGCUACUCACCUAUCCCCACAAAGUGAGUGAACUGUGCUUCAGUAAACACUGCAACAGGUCAUCACAUUAAAAGUGAGAUAUCACCCUCCCUUUGCCUUCCUCUUCUUCUUUCUGUCCCCAAGUUACCCUGUUACCACCGUUAGAAGAUACACAAACAAAAAUUAAGGGAAAAGAAACUGUACAACCACUCAUGUCUACAUUUAUGUAUACCUUCCAUUAGGUAAAGAAAACGUACUAUUCAUGUCGAUGAUACAUGUGCUUGGCGGAGAUGUACCAUGUAUGCUACACCCUUUUUGUAUUGCACUAUAUAUGUUCCCCUCUUCCUUUCUGUACCACCUCUUUUUUUGACUUGAAAAAAAUCAAUAAACUUUUAUUGAAAGAAAAAAAAAGAAACAGUAGCUCCUUUCUGUAACCACAUGAUAACACCCAUAUAGUAUGGAAAAGGUAAAAGACAAACCUCCCUACAAUAACACUGUGUAUGGUGGUUACACACGCCUGUACUUAUGAUAUAAGUGAAGGUAUUGGAGUUGGUUCUCUCCCACACAGCUGUCGGACUUGGAAAGCAAGCAGCUAGAUUUGCUGAUUGCCACUCCUCCACAAAUCUAACCAGAGGAAAAUAAAAAUAGGCAUUUUUAUAGAGCAAAUUACUGGCUCUGAUUUCAGUUGACCAUGUAAUUGUUUUGUUAGGAAUCCAGUGCUUCAAAACAGAUGGGAGGGGUUCACAGCUUUCAAUCCAGCUUGGCCAUUAAGGGACAUUUAAAGAGAUAAAAAAUAACAGUAACAAUUAUGAGCUGUGCACAUCAACCAACAUAAUCCAAACUGCUUUACUUCUAUCUAUCAUUUAACAUUUUACUUACAUAUUAACUCUUUGCAUGUCUUUGAUUAUUUACACUCCUGUAGAUGCAGAGCAGUAAAGGCUUCACACCUGACUAGACCAUUCCUCCCAUGUGUCCGUGUUUAGGUGGGACAGUCCCUAUUUUACAACCAAAUCCCUCUGUCCCUCUUUUCUAUCUUUUCUAUUCUAAUGUCCCUCUUUUCUAGGAGCUCCAUAUUGUUGGAGUGUCUGAGUGUAUAACAGAGCUCCUGAUGCUAUAGUCAGUGGUGUAUUCUGGUUUUGUGCGACCCUAGGCAUGACAAAACUCAGGCACCCCCAUCGCCCCUUCCAAAUUUCUCUUCCUGACAGACACACUCCCUCAUUGAUGCAUGCACUGACAUACACUCACAGAUACACAGUCAUUAUCACACACAAUGUUUAACCAACACACACUUUCACUGAAACACACAUUCACAGACACACAUACUCACUCAUUCACAGUUAAACUCACAGGUACACACAUACAUCGACAGACACACAUAUACACUAACUGACAGAUAUGCAUUCACCGACAGACACAUGCAGACUCACUGAAAAACACGUAUACACUCUCACUAAGAAACACUCAUAAACACUCACUGACAAACACAUAUUCACUCUCAGUGACAGACACACACUCACUAACACAUACACACUUACACUAGCAGACACACACUGACACUCACAGACUCACACACACUCACUAACAGACACACACUAACACACUCACUAACAGAUCACACACUAACAGACACACUAACAUGAAACAUUAGCGCAUGCCAGCCUCAGGGGUGCCCUGAGGUGGCCAGCUGGCCAGCUCCUAUGUCCCCCCAAGACAAGAGACUGGCAAGGCAUUUGCCAGGGCGUUUGGCGGCUUUUUUUGCCGACACCCUGGAAGUGACGCCCAAGGCAAAUGCCUUGUCAGCCUCACACUAGAUACAGCGCUGGCUAUAGUGUCCCUAACAAAAUAGGGUCACACUGUCUGAUGUUUAAAGGAUUAAAAACCCUUUUUUCAUUUACCUCUUUCCAGUGCUGAGUAUCCUUCAAUGCUGGCUAGGUCUCCUCCUUUCACAAAGUCCAGAGAGUGUAGCAGGAAUCAAGGGAGUAUUGUGAUAUAGCAAUCCCCACAGUGAAUGUAGUUCUCCAAUCCCGCAAACAUGAGCCAAGACUUCAUGAAGGGGUAAACGAAAUCUCAAUUUAAUGAGAGCCACACUUGGCCUUUUAUGACAAUCCAUAUGCAAGGGGUACGCCCACAUGAACCUUGUUGAGAACUCCAACACAAAGACACAGACCAAUAAGAACAGUGAUUAUAUACCCGACACUCCCAUAACAAACAUACAACCCCUCCUCCCUGCUUGGGAGAUAAUUGGAUCAGUAACUGUACUAAUUCUAAUCCAAUUAUCUCCAAGCACAGAAAAAAACCACCCCAAAAGUACCCUAAAAAUACAUAAAACCCCAUGUUACAUCCCCUGAUAGCCCUGAUCUGGGUGAUUUUUGGAUAUGUUGGUCACCCAGAUCAGGGCUAUCUGUGGAAUUUCAGGGGUUCAGGAAUUUCCUGAAAGUCAUUUAUUUGACCGACCGCAGGCAUAGUCCCAUAGCCGAAAAUAGUUCCAUAGAAUCGCAGCUAAGUGCCGCUGGAGGACCGACCGGGAACCGCAAGGUUUUCAUGCCGAAAAUAGUUCCAGUGCAUUCGCGGCUAAGUUCCCCUGAAGUCUAUUUGCGGUUUUCGUCCAUGCGAACAAGAUGGCCGCCAUCUCAUGGUCGGCCAUAGAAAUUGUGGCCACCCAGACAAACACUUAGACUACUGCGGUGGAAAUUGCAACAAUGUAUCAAUUAACCUUAACAAGCUCCAGGGUGGUCUCCGGUUCAUGCGACUGUUUGGUAAACAAACCAUAUAGUCCCAAUUGCACAAACAGAGCCUGCUUAAAAUAUUUUAGCCAGGUCUAUUGCAGGGGCCAUAGUCACAGGGUAGGAGGCUGGCAAACAGGUCCCUCCAAAAACCAGUGACAAUGUUACUUUCAUCACACUAGCCUUGACCACACACACCCAGAACAGCCAGCACCUUGGCCUCACCCCCACUCACACUCAGAACAGCCCUGUUCCUGGCCUUACUUAAACCCAGAACAGCCCUGCCCCUGCCCCCCCCCCCCACACUCAGAACAGAAACCCACUUCUUCAUAAAAGCGUAUCAAUUAAACUGUUAAUAGCUCCCCACUGAUUCCUCUCUUGCAACUGUCAUUAUUCUAAUACCAUCCUUACCUUUUGUGUCACUUUACCCCACUCCCUCUAGCAUGUAAGCUCAUUGAGCAGGACCCUCAACCCCUCUGCUCCUGUUUGUCCAACUUGUCUGGUUACAAAUACAUGUCUGUUCGUCCACCCAUUGUAAAGCGCUGCGGAAUUUGUGGCACUUUAUAAAUAAUAACAUUAUAAUAAUAAUCCAUGGGCAUACCCCCCACUCACACCCAGAACAGCCCUACCCCUGGCCACACCCCUACUCACACUUAGAACAGCCCCGUUCCUGGCCGUACCCUCAGAACAGCCCCGUACCUGAACAGCUCUGCCAGGUACCCCCUGAACAGCUCACACCCAGAACAGCUCUGCCCCUGGCCAUACCUCCACUCACUCCCCUACAAUUAACGUGUCCCUCUCUUUCCAUUUGAAAUGAUAGACUCAUAGGAUUCUUUUUGUGGUCCCAUAAAAUGAUGAUUUUCUUGGCAUUGACUUUCUAGAGCAGUUUCUGCUGCCUCGGCUGCAGAUCCCUUAAUUAAUGGAUUGAUCAGUGUUGUGCAUGUCAUUAUCCAUCAAUCUAGUACUGUCUCUGUGUUCUGCAUGGCAUUAUCCAUCAAUCUAUCACCUUCUCAGUGUUCUGCAUGGCAUUAUCCAUCAAUCUAUCACUGUCUCAGUGUUCUGCAUGGCAUUAUCCAUCAAUCUAUCACUGUCUCAGUGUUCUGCGUGGCAUUAUCCAUCAAUCUAUCACUGUCUCCGUGUUCUGCGUGGCAUUAUCCAUCAAUCUAUCACUGUCUCAGUGUUCUGCAUGGCAUUAUCCAUCAAUCUAUCACUGUCUCAGUGUUCUGCGUGGCAUUAUCCAUCAAUCUAUCACUGUCUCAGUGUCUGCAUGGCAUUAUCCAUCAAUCUAUGACUGUCUCAGUGUUCUGCGUGGCAUUAUCCAUCAAUCUAUUACUGUCUCGGUGUUCUGCGUGGCAUUAUCCAUCAAUCUAUCACUGUCUCAGUGUUCUGCAUGGCAUUAUCCAUCAAUCUAUCACUGUCUCAGUGUUCUGCAUGGCAUUAUCCAUCAAUCUAUCACUGUCUCGUGUUCUGCAUGGCAUUAUCCAUCAAUCUAUCUGGUGUUCUGCUGGCAUUAUCCAUCAAUCUAUCACUGUCUCGUGUCUGCAUGGCAUUAUCCAUCAAUCUAUCACUGUCUCCGUGUUCUGCAUGGCAUUAUCCAUCAAUCUAUCACUGUCUCGGUGUUCUGCAUGGCAUUAUCCAUCAAUCUAUCACUGUCUCGGUGUUCUGCAUGGCAUUAUCCAUCAAUCUAUCACUGUCUCGGUGUUCUGCAUGGCAUUAUCCAUCAAUCUAUCACUGUCUCAGUGUUCUGCAUGGCAUUAUUAUCCAUCAAUCUAUCACUGUCUCGGUGUUCUGCAUGGCAUUAUUAUCCAUCAAUCUAUCACUGUCUCGGUGUUCUGCAUGGCAUUAUCCAUCAAUCUAUCACUGUCUCGGUGUUCUGCGUGGCAUUAUCCAUCAAUCUAUCACUGUCUCAGUGUUCUGCGUGGCAUUAUCCAUCAAUCUAUCACUGUCUCGGUGUUCUGCAUGGCAUUAUCCAUCAAUCUAUCACUGUCUCAGUGUUCUGCGUGGCAUUAUCCAUCAAUCUAUCACUGUCUCAGUGUUCUGCAUGGCAUUAUCCAUCAAUCUAUCACUGUCUCAGUGUUCUGCAUGGCAUUAUCCAUCAAUCGAUCACUGUGUUCUGCAUGGCAUUAUCCAUCAAUCUAUCACUGUCUCAGUGUUCUGCAUGGCAUUAUCCAUCAAUCUAUCGCUGUCUCAGUGUUCUUCAUAGCAUUAUCCAUCAAUCUAUCACUGUCUCAGUGUUCUGCGUGGCAUUAUCCAUCAAUCUAUCACUGUCUCGGUGUUGUGCAUGUCAUUAUCCAUCAAUCUAUCACUGUCUCCGUGUUCUGCAUGGCAUUAUCCAUCAAUCUAUCACUGUCUCGGUGUUGUGCAUGUCAUUAUCCAUCAAUCUAUCACUGUCUCCGUGUUCUGCAUGGCAUUAUCCAUCAAUCUAUCACUGUGUUGACAAGUAGUGACAGUUUCCUUAAUGCCACUUCAUAUGACAGGCUUGCAGUUUAACCGUUUGUGACCUAGAAUAGCAAGCUGUGGAUUUCAGAACGGUUUUGCUGGAAUGGUUAAUUCCACCAGCCAUUGCAAUAUGUUUUCCUUAAUAUGUCCUUAUUAUAGUGAUGACAUAGAGCUCUGCGUAACGCUCAGUUUCAGUAAAUACUGGACUCCUGCACGUCUCACAGUGUACGAGCUGUGAAUACCCUCUGUGAAUAGUUCUACUUGGCAUCAGGGCUCAUUUAGAUUCUAUCGUUGUCCUUUUUCUGCAUUGAUUAAAAUACUUUUAUUUAUAACCUGGAUGAAAGUGCUGUAUGUCUAAGACAGACUCAGACUGAAAGAGAAUUGUUAAUUUCCAGGAUCUUUAGAAUAAUAUCCUCUUAUCCAUUUAUUUAACAAAUCUGUGUUUGUGAGGUUUAAAAAAAGAAUAAAUGUAGAAACCCACAAUGCCGGGCACCUGCAUCUUGGCUCCUUGUCAAUCACUGUUAUAAGCUCCGCCCUUUGUGGAGUCAUUCAGCAUAGAUAGAGGAAGAAAACCAGAAACAAUGUAUCGUUCUCAUAUUGGAAUGCAAUAUGUGCCCUGGUGUGCCAGGACUGAACUGGAUUGUGAUGGCGGUUGCUGUAUCUUCAAUAUAUAUUUAAAAUUAAAUGAAGCAUUCUAUGAGAAAUAUUAACACACACAUUAAGGGGGAUUUUCAUUGUUUUAUCCAAUGGUAACAUUUGCAAAGAAAUUACAUUUACCCUUUAUGACUGUCACUGUUUAUACAAGUUCGUGAUUUUGAUUGUAAUUAUAGUAAAGCUGUCCUUAUAACAGUGUAGUGUUAUUACAGUUCCGUGCUUCCGUAUAAACCUAAAGCUAGCAGGUAGGUUGACGAUGGCAGGGUGGUAAUUGAAGGAGUGACUGAUAAACAUUCAAAAUAAUAAUAAUACCCUGUUUGCAGAUCUGCUUCCAAAUUCUCAUGGAUUUCAAUAAUGGUUUGUUUUAUUAUUUUACUGUCCAGGAAAGUGACCAUAAUGGAAGAUCCUGAUCAGAACAUUCACCUGAAGAACUUGUCUCUUCAACAAGCGAAUAACGAGGAGGAAGCAUUAAAUCUGCUCUUUCUUGGAGACACAAACCGCAUGAUAGCAGAGGUGAGACCUGUUUCACGGCUCUUAUUAUGAUUGCAUUUCUUAUCAGUCUAAGCAACAAAACCGCAUCAACCUAAUUAAGUGGAUUUGGUGUUCAGAUCAUGGCCGCGCAGUUCAGUUAUCUGCCAUUUAGGCGUUAGAUGACUUUAUUUCUGUAUCCCUAGGGACACAGGUGAAUAGCUGUGACUUGCGCGGCCUACCUACACACUAACUGAAAAUAAGAGGCAUUUUGGUACCUACCUUAGGUUCAGCCUCAGUAUGUUCUCCUAGAACUUACAGUUGGUGAAGGAUAAAGUCUUUCUCAUCUCACUGAUUAAAGUUACGAAGUGUUCACAAAUAUAUAAUCAGCAAAAAGGAUUUCCUGUCUGCAGUCUCCUGUGUGUGCGUGUGUGUGUGUGUGUGCGUGUGCGUGUGUGUCUGCAGUCUCCUGUGUGUGCGCUGUGAUACAUAUCACACAUAGAGAAUUCAUCAACGGCUGCACCAGAACAAACAACGUUUUACACCACAGGGUUACUCUAGAUUUAUUUGGGUUGUAUUCAUUAAAAUGUCAUUUGAGUAAGUUACCCAUAAUUUAAAUUAUGCUUUCCGUGUCCACAUUUGAUGUCUAAGGGAAACACUUGAUUGGUCAGUGUACAACAAGAAAAUGUAUGGUUUUAGGCAGUUAGGGAAUGACAUUCUGAGACUAGUAAGUAGACUACUUUUUUUUUGCAAUUGCAUUAUUCAGAUGCAUUAACAAAAGUGCAUGUUGCAACCAAGAUCUCCCCUUUAAAAUGGCCUUGUUUUAAGUAAAAUCAGAGAAUGUUUCUGCAGAAACGUUUUUUUUUACAUUCAAGCAAAUUUAAAGCUGUAACCAUUUACGUGUGCAGCUAUUUUUAUUAUGACAGAUUGUCUGAUGAAUAAUACACUGUGCCAAUCAGAAUGUGCUUAGUGGCUCUAAAUCUUCCUUUAUUUUUGUCUGUUACCCAUACAUAACUGUACAACAAAACAUACACUUGUGUCAUUGUCAUCGCAAAUGUGUAGUUCAAAAGAUGUUUAAUCUAAAAUGUUCUAGUUUGCGGGUGUGUGACUUACUUCACAGUCAUGGUGCAGAAUGCUUUUUACAGAAUUUCAAAACGUGCAACGUGGGUUUGCAAACCGCCAUUGUCGGCUGCAUUGUAUGCCGGUUUAUAUAUUUUUAAAAUACGUAAGUAUUUUGUUUCUCCUGAGGUGCUGGUGUCAAUUAUCUCCAGGAAAUACCCAUUUUUUAGGGUUUACGUGGCAAACAGAAGUACAUUUAUAAUAGCUUUUAAAUUCAUUCUCUGAUUUCACAUCUGAGUAAAAUUACUGAAACAAUACGAUGUUUGAAGGACACAGCUGAACUUUCCAAAUUUCUUUCUAAGAGAACAUAAGGAGCACAGAAGUAGGCUUUUUUCAGCUUUUUGUGUUUUAUAUACAUAUUAAAACCUGGUGCCAUAGUUUUACUUUCCUUGUGUUUUCAUUCAGAGACUGUUAUUGGUGCACGGUUACGUCAUGGCUUACAUGCAUAAGGCAUUGAGUUGUCAGGGGUAUAUGCUGUGUGCUUGGACAAUGCAUGGGGAACACAUGUUGGCAUCUAAAAAGAUCAGAGCAUCUCUUAUUGUUCAGGGUUCUUUCAGACAUACUGGCCACUAUUGAAGUGGUUUUACUCAUAGGCUUUAUGUUUAUUUAAUAACGAACAUGUGCAGCAAAUGAUUUUCAAGAGAAUUAAAAUUAGCUAGGGUUGCAUUUUAGAUUUUCCAAGGGUACGGAAAGAACUGAAGAGUGAUGAAUUUAUUUCAGCAGAAAACAUGAAGAAAUUUUGUCUGAGAUUGGAUUUCGGCAAAGCCCCCUGACUAGACAAGAUCUUUAAUUGCUGAUAUUGUUUAUUCCUAAUUAAUUGAGAACUUCUAUCCCUUGUAAACACAGACAAUCAACGCUUAAUACACAUUAGGUUCGGGAAUUUGAUCUAUUUCCCUUAGAACAUGAAUUCAUCUAUAAAGUGGUUUGUUAAUAAACAAGGCUAAUGCUUGCUCUUAAGUUAGCCUCAGUGCCCAGUGAUGUCCUCUUAUCUUUUAUUUACGCCUGUGCUACUUUAGCAAAAAAGAACAAUUAAAAACAAUGAAGAAUAAACAUUUCAUUGUAAUUCAUUUAAUGCAAAUAAUGGAAAAUACACAGUCACCCUUUGUCCUGUCUUCGGAGGUUAAAAUUAUAGUAAAUGUCCCUAAAAAAUAAACUUUAUAUUUUGUCUGUAAUUUCUUAAUUUUACUUUUUUUUUUAAAAGGAUUUUAGGUAUAAAAAAAAAACCACAUAAACAUUUUGUAAAAUAUUCAUGUGCUUUGGGUAAACAAACAACAAGAAAACAUUUCACUGUAAAGAAAUAAAACAGAAAUAAUGCAGAGAUAGAGCACACGGAAGGUGGAGGAGAAGGAAAAGAAGACCAAGGAGUGACUGUCAUGGACCCAGGAUUGCAGGGCAGGGGCCUCCUUUGUGUUCAUAAAAUAUGUUUAUUUCAGGUUGUUUGAAUGAUGUUCAAUGGGCAUGUUGCUCUAAUAAAUUACAAGGAUGUUUGUAUUCUUUCCAUAUAUUUUGGUUAAGAUGAGUGAUAUGGACAACAUGGUGCUGAGUAUUUGUCUGUUUCUGGUGGGGCUGAGGGUUGUUUUCAGCAAGAAAAGCAAGAAGUUAUGGGAAGAGGACUUGAUUGGGAACUGUAUGUACUAUUACACCAUUAUAUGCGAACGACCCUCAGCACAUAGCUGCAAUAAACUCAGUUCUGUUUUGACCCCUACUAGUGCUAUAACCACUUCUAUGAUUACUCAUUACUGCAUUUCACCUACGAAUGCUGGUCAGAUUACUUCUAGAUGUGCAUCUGUGUGCUCCCAUUAGCAUAGAGUACUUCAACCGGGCAAGGUGAUACCAGAUUGUCCGGAAAUAGUAAAGGAAGCCAAGAAGUAACAGAGGUACUGAACCGGAGUACUAGGUGUCCGUUACGGUGACUACAUGUCAUACUACUGAAACAAUGUUCAAAAUGGGCUUGAUAACCAAGUAUGACAUUGGAGAACCACUAGACCAACAGUAUGACAUUGUGGAUCUACAUGGUCAUGUUGAUCAUGUGAAUUCUGUUAAGACUGGAAGGCAGUUUGGACAAAAGAAGCAGGUGGCAUAGAGGUUAGAAUCCUUCUCCACUACAGAGAGAGACAUAAAGAGAAUCAUGAAAGAAGAGCGCUAUAUAAAUGGCAAUAAUAAUAAUAAUAAUAAUAAUAAUAAUAAUAAAGAGCGGGCCAGGAGACAUGUUUAUUGAUUGGGUUGAUUAACUAGUACUUGUUCUGCUUUCUGCUCCUGCUCAUUAACAGACCAGUCCUAUACCUGAAACCAUAAUUGCUUUAUUCCCCUCUGCUAUCAAGGUGUUCAUAAAAAAACGAACCUAACAACCCUAACUCUAGCCGUUCCGUAGUAAAUUAGUGGACUGGAAUCAUAAAUUUCAUGAUUAUCUUUUACAUACAACUUGUAAAAGUGCUUGCAUGUAUUUGGAAAUCUUUAUCCCUCUCGACCUCCCCCCAACAGCCCUGAAUUAUUUUAAAAAAAAUCUUCAUCCUGACACUUUGUAACAAAGUUCUAGGAGAGAAGGCCACAUGACUGAACCUCAACUAAUGGAAUGGCUUCCUGUACAAUCAACUAAUGGAACUCCAGCAUUUUAAAUGAGUUAAGGGGCCCCAAAACGCUCCAGUCACUCACUGAGUCUGCCACGGGCAACAUGUGUGUAUCUGGCAAGAUUGCACUAAUUAAGAAAAAUAAAUCCUAACAAUACAUUUUUAUGUGACUGUUAUAGGAAUCCUGCAUCACAGUUUAAUAUUUCCCAGAUGUUUUUAGAUUGUAUUUAAGUUUAAAAACAAAAACACAGAUAACGUCUUGUCCUUAGUGAUAGUAUAGUGAUAUGGUAUGUAUUCUAGUCAUGUUUCUCCCUCCGUAUUCCAAGGUAUUGCUUAUCUUCUAACCUUGGACUUUAAACACUGACACUUCUUUUUCCGAGACCCCAACUUCUGUGUUUUCAAAGUACCCCUUUUGACAAAGGGAAACAUGUUACUAUGUUAAUUGAUAACUUGUUAUGUAAAAAUUAUAGAAGCAAUUCAAUGGGGAUUCCUUUAACUUAGAGUAUGUUAAAUGGAAGCGUGGUUCUUGUGUGUGUGUGUGUGUGUCUGUCUGUCUAUGUAUUUCCAUCACAACAUAUGAUCUAAUACUGGCUGUAUGUUUAGAUUGAUCCUUUAAUUUCAGUGUCAAUUAACUUUAGUCCUGUUUUUUUUUUUUUUUUUCAACAAUGCAUGCCAUUUUCUUGUUAUUUUAAGGAAUUCUUUAUUUCGCCAAUAAAGUUAAUUGGGAAUGUUAAUUAACUUCCAGUGACUAAGCUUUCCAUCUUUGCUUAAAAUUUCACAUGUGUAUCUUGACUGUUGGCUGAGCUCAGCAGUCAGUGAAGUUAUAGGGAUCAGAGCAGCGUGGAACCAGGUAUUUAACAGCCUCCUCUUCUGCAGUUGUAUGUACGUAUGAUUGUGGGCGCAGUAUACGCCAUAUUCUAUCAAUGAAGUUAUGCAGGGCCGGAUUAACAUAGGGGCUGAUGGAGCUGCAGCUCCAGGCCCAGGCCUGUGGAAUAGGCCCAUUGAUUUAAAAAAAAAAUCACACUAGGGUUUCCACCUGGCUGGUAUUUUAUUGGCACAGCCAGUAUUUGAGGCUGCCUGGCCGUUGCCGAUAUCGCAGUCAUACUGGCAAUACAAAUGCUCGUAUUUUUCUCAGUAUAAACAGAGAUUUCAAUGCAAUACCAGGACUGGCCAGUAGGGAGAGAGUUUGUGUGGAGAGAGGCAGGGAUAGGAAGUCCCAGCAUAUCCCUACCUCACUGAUCCACAGGGGAGCAGUCCAGAGAGUCCAGACAGCAACUCCCGCCCUGCAGAUACAGCCUACAGCUCAGAAAAGUGAGGGAUGAGGGGGAAAGGCUGCAAUGAGACAUACACUGAGACACUAAGGGGCAUCGGGAGACAUUAUGACACAGACACUUGGGGACACAGAGACACAUGGGGACACAGUGUCCCCAUGUCUCCCAGUGUUCCCAUGUCUCCCAGCCAGUGUCCCUGGUGUCUCCGUGUCCCCAUGUCUCCCAGUGCCCCCUAGUCUCCCAGUGUCUUAGUGUCCCCAUGUCUCAUAGUGCCACUAUGUCUCCCAGUGCCCCCAAGUGUCUCAAUGUCCCCAUGUCUCCCAGCCAGUGUCCCUAGUGUCUGUGUCCCUAGUGUCUCAGUGUCCCCAUGUCCCCCAGCCAGUGUCCCUAGUGUCUGUGUCCCUGGUGUCUCAGUGUCCCCAUGUCCCCCAGUCAGUGUCCCUAGUGUUUGUGUCCCCAUGUCUUCAAGUGUCCCCUAUUUUCCCAGUAUCCCCAUGUGUCCCAGCCAGUGUCCCCUAGUCUCCCAGUGUCCCCAGGUCUCCCCGUGUUCCUAGUGACAUGGGAACCCUGGAAAACAUGGGGACAUAGACACAUCGGAAUAUUGGGGGACACAAGGAGACAUGGAUCACUGAGACCUGGGGUAAUCGACACAUGGGGACACUGAGUCAUGAGGGCACUGGGAAACAUGGGGUGCCCUCUGGGACACUGGGAGCAAUCCCGUACAGCAGAAUCAAACCAAGUAGUUUUUUGGAGAUUUUACAGCAUUUUCUCUUAUGUCACUCCUUGUGAUUUACAUCAUGUGAUGUCACCCAUACCUAAUUAUUUAUGCAAAUUAGUAAGGCCGGUAUGUUUUUCCAACAAAGGUGGCAACCCUAACUACUUUUCACAUACUCUUGCUUAAGUAUAGAAAUUAAGAGGGAUGGGAACAACACUUGUGUGGACUGGCUGACAAUGAAUAUAGUUUAGGUAAUGCUGACUUUGGUCUCUCUAACACUGUGGCAUGUUCCCUUUCUUCUACACUCACUACAUACAGCUUUUCUCUGUCCCAGACUAUAUACCAGGAGCAUCUGCCUGCUAGUAAGAAGGUAAGGAGACAAGUGGAUCAGCGAAUGCUAGGGGACAGUCCUUUAUAAAGCGUUGAGCGAGCGCAUCAUUAGAUGCAUCUAUGCCAAGCUCAGGGUGCUGUCUGCAUAGUAUGCCCUUAGUUGGCCAGCUGCAUGAUUGGCAGGCAGCCUGACAUGCAUUCAUGCCAGGCUGGCCUUCCAACUCUUGGGCAUGUUUGUCCCUUUUGGCAGGUUAAGUGAUUUGUGUCAGUGGCACACCCUUUUAUCGUGCCCAUUGACUUCCUGCUUGACUGGACACUGCUGUUAGGGGUUAUGGAUUUAUUUGAACAAUGAAAACAUAAAUUAGAGAGAGAUUAGCCUAGGGUAUGUGUUUUCUUAUAGCUGCUUAUUUCUUUCCGUCCAGCACCAUCUCCAUCAGAUACAUGACGCUUGGGAGUGUUUUAGUGUUAUCAGUCGAUAAGAUUCUGUAAUUAGGCCCGUCAUAAUUGUCAGCACCAGGCCCACUGGGCUCUUAAUCUGGCCCUGAAGUUAUGUGUCUAUCUAAGCCAAUUAUCAUUUUUAGUGAUGACAGGGCCAAAAGCCAGUGUUUUCCGAAUGCCCCUGCAUUAAAAAAAUAAAUUAAAACUGAGCAGCUUUUUUAGUAAAGAAUGUUAUCCUAAAAACAAAAGCAUGACAAAUCUGCAUAGAAGUUUAUUUUUGUAAGAAAUACAAGACCUAUUAUUCCCUAAACAAAUAUAUUUUUAAAAAUGUAAGUUAUGCCAAAAUCCACUUACCACACAAAUCUUGAUCAAAUAUUCUUGGUUAAUGAUGUCAUUCCCAUGUGGUUGCCCAAUAAGAAUUUCACAUGUCAAGCUAUGAAAGGAUACAGCACUUCCAGUCUAUACUGUCAGCAUAGGACCUUUCAGGCAGGACUGGUACUAGACUAUUUUGUGGCAAGAUUAGCUACUUGCACCCCUAAAACAAAAAUUGCCAACUUUAUGAGUCUUCUUUUCCCUUCCAACACCACUCUGUGUAUCUCUACAUCCCAGCCCCUGUCUAUGUCUCUUUUUCCCCUUCUCUAGUCCCUCUAUGUGUGUCACUGUCCCCUUCCCUAGCCUUUGUGUGUGUCACUGUCUCCUUCCUCAGCCCCUCUGUGUGUGUCACUGUCCCCUACCCCAGCGUUUUGUGUGUGUCACUGUCCCCUCCCUGUCCCCUGUAUGUUUCCCUGUCCCCUUCCCUAGAUCCUCUAUGUGUGUCACUGUUCUCUACCCCAGUUCUCAUCCCCUCUGUGUUUGCCACUGUUCCCUUCCCUAGGUCCACUCUGUGUGUCACUGUCCCCUUCUCUAGAUCCUCUGUGUGUGUCAUUGUCCCUUUCCCCAGCCCCUUUGUGUAUCUCAUUGUUCCCACAGACCCUCUGUGUGUCUCUUUAUCCUCCCCUCCCCCCCGUGUGUCUCUUUGUCUACUCCAGACCUUCUGUGUGUGUUUCUCUUUCUCCGUCCCUUUGGGGUUUCUUACCACCACCUGUUUGCCUCCAUGUAGUGUGGCUGCAGGACUGCGGUAGAUGAUUAUGGCGGAACCUACCACCAGAUUUGGAUGUUUUAUCUUUUUCCGUUCAGGAUCUAUAGUAUACGGACACUCUACAUUCAAUUCCCGAACGAGGACCACCCUGGUACCCCAUUAAAAUGUUCCCACCUUAAGUGCGAAACUGCAAGGGAACCAUUUCAUGAUUUUCGCACAGGAACCCCCGAACAGAGACCGGCCGGGACACCCAUUUUCCUGGAACUGUUUUGGGCUAUCCUCAUGUGUCCAGCCAGUCAAAACUUUACCCCCGGUAGCGAUCCAAUUUCACCUAACCGAUCUGAGAGAUCUUUGGACAGGUUAUACACUCAGACCAGGGCUUUUGUCCGGUUCCUAGUUAUGAUGGGGUACUUUUGGGGUACUGGAUAUUUUGUAUAGAUUUUUUGUACCUGAGAGAUAAUUGAAUUAUAGUUUUUUUCUCACACAAUUAUCUCUCAGGCACAGAAGACCCUGGGAAGGGAAACUGUGACGAAGUGCCCUUCGCCACUUGUGCCUGGAGAGGACUGCUUGCCCGCCUCUUGCCCUGUGACUAUGGCCUCUGGGAUAUAUUGCCCUUUAAAGACAUGAUUUGGGCAUAAUGGAUUUGUGUUGUGCUGCUGCUGGCCCUUUAAGAACCAUCUGGGGACAUACUGUGGAGUUACUGGGUGGCCACCAUUUCCUGUAUCAGAAGCACAUGGUGAGAACAAUGGAUGGCGGCCAUUUUAACUCACAGACACUGUUUGGACUUUUCAACACGGUGCCAUCUCGUCAGUAUUUGGUGCACAGAGACAUCGUGCAGUGGUUUUGGACUAUACAGCAGGGGACACAUUAUACAGUGAUUGUUUUUCAUUUAGCCUGUAUAUGUUCUGCAGAAUCUGCAUUAAACUGUAUUUUCCAAAGUAUUGAACAGAUCUGGGUGAAUUUUGGAUAUGUGGUUCACCCAGAUCCCUCGGUUCCAAGGAUAUACUUUUUAUGGGGUUAUUGCAUGUUUUGGGGUCCAUGUGAUGUAUAUUUUAGAAGUUAUGAAGGCUGUAAAAACUGUAUUAUUUCUGGCCAGCAGAUAAUUGAGCUUUGUGUAUUGUAGAAACUCAAUUAUCUAGCCUGGCCCAGAGGAGGAGUUUUGUGUUGCAUAAAUUGUGAGUUCUGUGUGCCAGUAAAUCAGUCUUGUUCCAGCAUUAAGCCUUGGCUCAUGUUUGGGGGAUUGGAGAAAUACACUCUGGGAUUGCUAUAAUCACUUUACUCCCCAGGGUAUGAUCACUAAGUUCUGCUAAGAGCUUGUUCCUGUUCCUGCUCUCUGGGGAAAGAGAGGUUCACCCACUGGAAGCUGGAUCCUGGCCUUGGGUCCAGGGUGGGUGGAGACAGCAGAGACCCCGGCGCAGUUGCAUCGCUGGAAGUGGGGUCUGCAGUGCUGAUAGUGUCGGUUGGAGUGCUUGAAGUCCUCAGCGAGCACUAGGUGCAUCGAUUGGCGGAGGUACUCAGUCGGAGUGCCAGCGUUCCGUCACAGAAACCCUUUAUUGUUGUGUGGGAUACCCCAUGUAGGGGUCUGUGCAUAAAAGCUUUGUGUGAAAAAAAUUAGUUGACUCCCAGAACUAUAUUUCGUCUGUUUACUGGCGGAAUGGAUGUCUGCUUGUUUAAUGGUUCUAGUCUGACUGAGAAGAUAAAUUAGCAGAGGUAAUCAGUCGGAUUAUCCGUGGUCUGCUACAAUGAUCUUUUGUUUCCUCUACACAGUCUGAUAGGAAACAGUGAGCACUUCCAGGUAGAGGAUAAAGAAUCCUAUAAUGCGAUUCUUUUGGCUACCCUACAUGCAGUGACCGGCAGGAGGGGAGUGCAAUGCUAUGUGAUUCCCUCCUGCUGGUCACCCAAGGAUUGUACCCCCUGGGCCGGUGUACCCUAGGCAGCUGGCUAGUGAUUCUUAGAGGUUUCUUUUUUUUUUUUUUUUUUUUUUUUGCAUUAGGGGAAUAUUCAAUUAUAUUAUUAAUAUGUAUUUAAACAGUUUGUUGAUCCAAGGAGAAAUCUGAUUGCCAUUAUGAAGUUUGGUUUUUUUUGCCUUCUUUUGGAUCAAAAGCAUAAAAGAAAGGGCUUUGAGUUUGAACUUGAUGAAUUGUCUUCAUUCUAGAUUACUAUGUAGCUAUGUAAUGGGAGGUCCUAGGGUUCAAACGUCUAAUUAACCCUCCUUCGCAAUAUCCAUGACCAUCACCACUCACUAUCAGACAUCCUACAUUCUGAUUUGUUAUUUUUAUGCAUAAUGGUGAUUCCUGGGAAAUGUUUCCCAGCAGCAAAAGUUUCUAAAGCCAUAUUUAUGCUUAGCUAUUUAGUGGCUGGCUGGGGUCGUUUGUUCGCUUGAAUUAAUCUGAUGUGUAGAGCUUUCUGUAUUGUUUUCUACACUGGAUACUUGAAUGUUUCCAAGCAGGUAAGUUGUAGUCACCGUACACAAAAGUAGCAUGCCAGCUCGUGGUGAUUGAACGGUGUCUGCAUCUAUGUAGGGAGUGGGGGCGCUGAGAUUCCUGGUCUAGCGUUCCUAUGAAACAGUUUAAAGAUUUCUUAGUAUUGAAAGCAAUUAUGGAGAAAGAUCCAGAACAUUAUCAUAGUGACCCCCCCCCGGUAUAUCUGCAACAGAAGCUUUCUGGCCAUUGUAAACACUAUGUGUUAUUUUUGCCUUUUUAGACACCAAUGAAUCAAGCUUCCACUCGGUCCCACUGCAUCUUCACCAUUCACAUAUCUAGCAAAGAACCUGGGUCAGACACUAUCCGACGAUCUAAACUGCACCUGGUGGACCUGGCUGGAUCCGAACGUGUCGCAAAAAGUGGAGUUGGUGGCAAACUGCUAACGGAAGCUAAAUACAUUAAUUUAUCACUACAUUAUCUUGAGCAGGUAAGGACCAUCCUGUCUCCUGCUUUACAUUAUUAGGCUCCUUUUGAUAAAUGUACUUUUAAAUUGACUCAGGUUUAACGUGCUGCUUUGAGCCCUCAUGAGAAACAUAGGGCUGAACAUAUUAGCCGUUACUGACCAUUAACUGAACAAUUUAGACUGUAUCAACACUUUUACUUCUAAAGUAUUUGAUAACUUUAAGUCUUUCAGUUUUGUUUUUUUGUCUGUUGCUCCUUUUGCUUCCCCUACCAUCAAUUUUGAAUGGUGACAUUUGUUUUGCAAUGCAAUCUUUCUACCAUUUUUCUCUUCUCUUUUUUUCAAUAACUAUGAACAUGGCGGUCUUCCGAAAUGAAUUAGAAAACAGGGUGGAAAUUACAAUGACGAAAAUGUUAAUUUGUUAGACUAAGAACACUUUAUUUAAUACAAUAAAAAAUAAUGAUGAAAUGUAACUAUAAUUUUUCAGAACAUUUUGAUAAAUAUCCCCCAAUGAGUUAUAUUUACAUUCUUUGUUACAUGCCUAUAUUAUAAAUCUCUAUAUUGCAUUCUUACAAUGUUACGUUUAACAUUGACAGCAGAUGCUAUUUCCAAUGCUAUGUUUAUUAAUACGUGUCAUGGCCAGUAGAGAUGUCGCGAACCGUCCGCGAACAUCUCGCGAACGGUUCGCCGCGGUUCGCCACGAGCUGUUCGCGGCGAACUCCGGUCAGCUGACAUGUCCCGGCCAAUCUCCAGCAGACCCUCCCUCCCAGGCCCUCCUACUUCCUGGACAGCAUCCAUGUUGUCCAGUAAGUAGGAAGGUCUGGGAGGGAGGGUCUGCUGGAGAUUGGCCGGGACGUGUCAGCUGACCGGAGUUCGCCGCGAACAGCUCGUGGCGAACCGUUCGCGAGAUGUUCGCGGACGGUUCGCGACAUCUCUAAUGGCCAGUAAUAGGUAGAACCAUCAAAUCCUCUGAAUCUUUUUAAUACAACAUGUAAAUAUUUCUUAUUUAGCUGCACUGUCUUCUUGUCGUAACUGAAUAUGGAUAAUUAUUGAAAAGACAAAGCUACUCUGUUGUUUGUCCGUAGCCUUCUCAUACUCUCUUUCCUCUAUUUUUAUUAAUGUGACUAUUUGCAGUUAUUUGAAACUUCCAUGUAAAUCCACUAAUUGUUUUAAAAUAAUGGCCUUACGAGGUAGCAGGGAAAGAAGGCUGGUAGAGAUAGACUCAGCCUUGGACAUGACGCAGACCAAUCUGGAGGUUCCAGAUUGUGGAUUAAAUUGUGUUUUUCAAAUUAUUCAGUGAGAGUCCUCUGGCUGUCAGGCUCUCUAUUCUUUCUUCUGAAUGUGCUUAGCUACUGUGUCAAGCACAGCGGGUACUUGUGUUUUAUAAUCCUUUACAUAAAACGUUAAAAUGUUAAGCAGCUUCCAACUAGGGAGAAAAUUAACUUCAUCAUUUAGAGACAUUACAAGGUAAACGCACACAUUGGAUAUAAGUGCCCUAUUUCAAGGAAAACCCCCUUGGGGGAAUAAACAAUUCCAGAUCUGGUUGUACUUGUAGUGUAACAGAAAUCUAAAUGUGUAAUUCAUGCGCCAGUAUUACAACAGCUUUGGGCUUCGUCUCUAUUCUAUGAACGUUUAAAGGGAAACGAGUUGUUUAAACAUAGUGAGAUACAAACAAGUGUAGGAUCUUAAGUAUGAAGUAUUUGAUGGAAAAUAUUUCAGAAUACGGAGGACAACACACCUAGACUGAUAUUUUGGAAAUUAAUCAUCAUUUCAGGCAAAAUUCACAUAUCUUUGGUACUGAUGUUUUUUUUUUGCAAAGGAAACUCAUCUAAUAUAUCAGUUCUUAUACUUUAGUGUGUAGGAAAGGCUUCAGACAUUGAAGCUUCAUGUCUGGUAAAAUAAUGCUGACAACAUUUGAACAAUUUGUUCCUUAACUCAAACUGGACUAAAACUACAAAAACGCAUGAGCAGAUGUACAUAUCCAGGCGUCAACCUAAGAUAGUUGUCAGUCCGACUAUACAGAUUUAAAACUUAUCGUUUAUACUGGUGAUCAUUUCCCUAGAAAAAAACUACUAAUCAGAGUGCUCUGAUAUAAUUAUAUCAGGAAAGGAAGGAAUACAAGAAAUGUAAACCUGUGUAUUUUAUUUAGCACAUCACAGGCAUUUGCUAAAUUACUGCAAAUGAGUUUCAAUUUGUCCCUGUUAUGACAUUCUCUGACCAAUUCUCUUAUUGUUGCAGGUGAUAAUUGCAUUGGCUGAAAAGAACCGAUCUCAUAUACCAUAUAGAAACUCCAUGAUGACCUCGGUGCUCAGAGACAGCCUCGGGGGAAACUGCAUGACCACCAUGAUCGCAACUCUAUCGCUGGACAAGAGGAACAUUGAUGUAUGUGAAAAAUUCCACCAUAUUUGUGUUAUUAGGCUGCCUUGAAUGUAGCGUUUAUGGGAAGAUUGCAUGUGAUAAGCUUCGUGUUUCUCUCCCCUCACUGUCCCUUAGUGGUCCUUCCUCUUUCCCACCUUAGUGUUUCUCCCCUACCCCCCCCCCAUAUUAGUGGUCCUGUCUCUGCCCCAAAUCCUUAGUGGUUCUCUCUCUCCUCCUUCCCCGCCCCUCUCAGUGGUCCUACCUCCCUCUCCCUCUUAGUUGUACUACCUCUCCACUUCCCCCUCUUUAGUGGUCCUCACUCUCCCCCCCCUUCUUGGUGGUCCUCCUCUUCCCUCCUUCUUGUGGCUCCUACUUAUCUUUGUAGUGCGGCAUGGGCGGCGAACCGUGGUACAGGAGCUUCUGUUUCCUGUACCCAGCCGGACUGACAGGAAGUGCUCUCUCAGUGAGCACUUCAUGUCAGUCCGGCCGGGUACAGGAAACAGAUGCUCCUGUACUGUAGUCUGCUGCUUGGCCACGUUACAAUGAGUGAUUGGCAGGAGGGAGCGAUGUGCGUUUCCAUCCUACCAGGUAACUCAAAUCUGGCGCCCCUAAGUCGCCUAUAGGAUGCGCCGGUCCUGGGUGUCACCCUCCCCCCGUCCCCCCUUCGUGCUGCACACCCUGGUCCGCACACCCCACACCCUCCUUGUGACGCCACUGUUUACAGAUCCUCUAACGGUAAUGGAAGCAGUGUGGUAGGCCAUUUGGUAUUUUUAUUUGUGAGUUGCUGGUAGUGACAGAUCACGAUUUAAUUCGCUGUUUCCAGCAAUCAGAAACACAUAAAAUAUUGCAUAUUACUCCUUUGAAUCAGGUGACGAUAAAGAACUUCAUCAUGAUUUUCAUAUAAAUGGUAACGAUUUGUCUCUCUAGGAGUCUAUUUCCACGUGCCGAUUUGCUCAAAGAGUUGCUUUAAUAAAGAACGAAGCCACGCUGAAUGAAGAGAUCGAUCCUCAGCUGGUAAGUGUGCUCUAAAACGUCACUUUACAGACUGCAAUUCAACAUCUACAUUGUGUUAAAAACAGUUUAGUAGAUAUACCCUAAAAAGCACAAAGCACAGACUAAAUUUCGCAGUAUCCUUUAUUCCCAAAGAUAAAAAACCUAAAAAUCAUGCAAAAAUCCAAUCCCCCAAAUGUUGUGCUGGAGGUAAAAUCCAGUCGUCUCCUCGGCUGUAUGGGAGUCUGGUAUGGAACCUCACCAGAGUCAUUAAAGUGUAAAUAUGCGAUCAUUCACUGUCCGCUCCGACGCAUUUCAUGAGUUAGUUCUCACUUUCUCAGGGAGCUGUGAAUAAUCGCUAAAGGAUGAUUCCAUAUAGAGACAUCCCCACUUUCUGCAGUGUACAUCAGUAAUUAGUUAAAAUAGCUGCUUGCUGGAGCCUUAUUAAAAUAUGAUUCCAGAACUUAUUUAUACAAAUAAUAAACAAUGUCAAGAAAAGAAAACCAUGAAUCACUAGACCCCUCAGUUGUAUGUGAGUACACUAUGUUGGGGACAUUGCAUUUCAGUAUGCUUUUUAUCUUUGGGAAUAAAGGAUACUGCACCAUAUAGUCUGUGCUUUGUACUUGUUAGGAUUUAUCUACAAAACUGUGAAAGUUUGGGUGAGUGCAGAGGACACCGUCUGUCUGAAGCUGCAGCAUGUCUACUUUGGGGCUUAUCUGACUAGGGAUCCACGAUUCUGAUAACUGGAGAAAUGAAAGAAACCAGAAUGGCAGAUGGUACAAUAAACGCUUGUUUCGUUUUUUGAGAAUGAAACACCAAAUUAUUGUGAAUUGAAAUUUGAUUUAUAAAAUUCUUAUAAAAUAUUGUUUUUCGCUUCUUUGCUAGUUUUAUGUUGCAGUUGUUGGAUUUGUAAUCAUUAUUUUUACAUUGCAUAAUGAAAUAAAUACAAAUAUUAGACGGUUUUCUUUUUAAUCCCUGACUAUGUCACUGAUAGUGAUGUCCCGAACGGUUCGCUGGCGAAUAGUUCAUGGCGAACAUGGCGUGUUCGCGUUCGCCACAGAUGGCGAACAUAGCGUGUUCGCGUUCGCCACAAAUGGCGAACAUAUGCGAUGUUCGGUCCGCCCCCUAUUAAUUUACUAAUACUAAGUAAAAAUUACUUAGUAUUAGUAAGUUGUACCCCUACUCGCAAUACCGCGAGUAGGGGCAUGUCUAUUAAACAGUGAACAGCCUGUGGCUGCUCACUGUUAAAAAAAAAAAAAAAAGGGUCCUCCCCGGGUGGGGGCCCUAAAUACUAAUGGGGGGGACCUACUGUCCCCCCCUGGCCCCCACCCCUGAGCGGUGGGUGGGGGCCCUAAAAUUAACAAUAUGGGGGGGACCUAUUGUCCCCCCCCGGCCCCCACCCCUGAGUGGUGGGUGGGGGCCCUAAAAAUAACAAUAAGGGGGGGACCUACUGUCCCCCCCCGGCCCCCACCCCUGAGUGGUGGGUGGGGGCCCUAAUAACAAUAAGGGGGGGACCUACUGCCCCCCUGGCCCCCACCCCUGUGCGGUGGGUGGGGGCCCUGAAAUUAACAAUAAGGGGGGUCCUAUUGUCCCCCCCGGCCCCCACCCCUGAGCGGUGGGUGGGGGCCCUAAAUACAAAGGGGGGGUGGACCCUAGUCACCCCUCCCCCCCCCAAAAAAAAAUGAUCUCCCUACCUACCCCCCUCACCCUAAAAAUAAUGAUGGGGGACCUAACUAAAAACCUGUAAAAAAAAAUUAGAUAAAAAUAACUUACCAUUUGAUGUUUUCUUUCUUCUACAAUCUUCUUUUUUCAGCCCCAAAAAAGGCCAAAUAAAAAGCCAUAAGAACCGACGCAAUUAAAAAAAAAACAAACAAAAAAAACGAGCGCACAAAAAAAGAAUCCAUCUUCACCCAUGGAGGGCUCCGCGCAGACUGAGCUCUGCAGGGCGGGGGAAGGCUUAUAAAGCCUUGCCACGCCCUACAAUUAGGCUAAGAACACUCUGAUUGGCUGGUUUAAGCCAAUCAGAGUGCUCUUUGUCAUUUUAUACAGCGUGGGAAAAUUCAAAAGAACUUUCCCACGCUGUGGUAAAAUAACACAGAGCACUGUGAUUGGAUGGCUUGGAAUCCAUUCAAAAGAACUUUCCCACGCUGUGUAAAAUUACACAGAGCACUGUGAUUGGAUGGCUUGAAAUCCAUCCAAUCACAGUGCUCUGUGUCAUUUUACACAGCGUGGGAAAGUUCUUUUGCAUUUUCCCACGCUGUGUAAAAUGACAAAGAGCACUCUGAUUGGCUUAAACCAGCCAAUCAGAGUGUUCUUAGCCUAAUUGCAGGGCGUGGCAAGGCUUUAUAAGCCUUCCCCCGCCCUGCAGAGCUCAGUCUGCGCAGAGCCCUCCAUGGGUGAAGAUGAAUUAUUUUUUUGUGCGCUCGUUUUUUUUUUAGUUUUUUUUUUUAAUUGCGUCGGUUCUUAUGGCUUUUUAUUUGGCCUUUUUUGGGGCUGAAAAAAGAAGAUUGUAGAAGAAAGAAAACAUCAAAUGGUGAGUUAUUUUUAUCCUCAUUAUUUUUAGGGUGAGGGGGGUUGGUAGGGAGAUCAUUUUUUUUGGGGGGGGAGGGGUGACUAGGGUCCCCCCCCUUUGUAUUUAGGGCCCCCACCCACCGCUCAGGGGUGGGGGCCGGGGGGACAAUAGGUCCCCCCCUUAUUGUUAUUUUUAGGGCCCCCACCCACCGCUCAGGGGUGGGGGCCGGGGGGGGGACAAUAGGUCCCCCCCUUAUUGUUAAUUUUAGGGCCCCCACCCACCACUCAGGGUUGGGGGCCGGGGGGGGACAAUAGGUCCUCCCCUUAUUGUUAUUAGGGCCCCCACCCACCGCUCAGGGGUGGGGCCAGGGGGGACAGUAGGUCCCCCCCUUAUUGUUAUUUUUAGGGCCCCCACCCACCGCUCAGGGGUGGGGGAUGGGGGGGACAAUAGGUCCCCCCCUUAUUGUUAUUUUUAAGGCCCCCACCCACCGCUCAGGGGUGAGGGCCGGGGGGGACAGUAUUUUUAGGGCGCCCACCCGCCGCACAGGGGUGGGGGCCGGAGAGGGGGAGGACAGUAGGUCCCCCCCCUCAUUAUCUUUAUGGCCCCCACCCGCCACCCAGGGGUGGGGCCGGGGGGGAGGACAGUAGGUCCCCCCCCUCACUAUCAUUAUGGCCCCCACCCGCCGCCCAGGGGUGGGGCCGGAGAGGGGGAGGACAGUAGGUCCCCCCCUCAUUAUCUUUAUGGUCCCCACCCGCCGCCCAGGGGUGGGGGCCGGGGAGGGGGGAGGAGAGUAGGUCUCCUCCCCCCCCCCUUCAACCACUAUUGUGGCCAGAAAGAGUCCCUGUGGGUUUUAAAAUUCGCCUGCCUAUUGAAGUCUAUGGCGGUUCGGCGGGUUCGCCCGGUUCGCGAACAUUUGCGGAAGUUCACGUUCGCCGUUCGCGAACCGAAAAUUUUAUGUUCGCGAUAUCACUAGUCAGUGAUGUUUCCGUUUUUUAAUCACAAGUAUCCACUACGCUCCCGUUUCUGUGUUUAUUCUUAGAUGAUCGUACGUCUUAAGAAAGAAAUCCAAGCACUGAAAGAUGAAUUGUCCUUAAUCACUGGAGAACAGAGGACGGAGGAACUGACCCAUGAUGAGAUUCUAAGGUAUUUUUAUAAAAUUAUCUAAAGAAAUUAUUCGUUCACCUAGUGUCGUCCACCUGGGACCUAUGAAAAAACUAGAAAAGUUUGUUUUAAUGUGAGGGGGUGCUUUUUGGCGAUUGUCAUGUAGAAAACCUGUUGGUUUAGAAGACCUGGUUAUGAUUCCUAUCUGCACUACUUACUACAGCUACUGAUCCACAUCUCCUUUCUCAAACCUCUAGAUGGGCUCCAUGGAUUUAAUACCUUUUUAGUAAAUACUGUCAGUAGGUCUACUGCACUUGGAUUUUUUGGAGAUUUUCUGUACUGGCUGCCCUUGUCUACAUGUACAAUCAGAGUUUUUUGUAUUCUGUAGACAGUGAUAUACUUUGUCUGGAACUGUACGCGCAAUACCUAUAACGAUGCCAUUGUUUCUCAUGGAUAGAAGAGAGAGGGCUUAAUAAUUAGUCCUAGGAAGCCUUGCUUCUUUAUUUCAUUUACUGUCCACCUGCUAAUGGGUGGGAGCUGUGGGGGGAUAAUAGUAAUGGGGGUAGUCCCAUACUAAUUUAAGGCACCCACCGCUAAUGGGUGGGGGCUGGGACACUAGGUACACUGUUUAGUUUUGUAGCCCCCACUUAUGGGGCUGGAGGAGAACGCUAUGUCCUCCCCUGUUAAAUAUUGUAAUGUGGGAUCUGUGCCAGGCAUGUGUGUGCCUGGUCACCCUGUAUUGUAAUUGGGGCAGGGGGACUUUUUUUACAUGCCCGUCCUCACGGCAUAGUAGGGGUAUGAGGAAGAAUGUUUACUAAGUAUUUUUUACUUCGUAUUAGUAAAGUUGGUCUAUCAGCUUUCUAGUAAAUAGCUCCCUAAUACUUGUGGGAUUUAGGAGGCUAUCUUCUAAACAGCUGCAAGAUGCAACCAUGGCACAAUCUUAAUGAUUUCUUAAUGAAAUUACAAACUGAAAAUAAUGCCCAAAUUUAGUUCGAAUACAAAUGGACAAACUGCUGACAUUCUCUUCGGACAAAAUUCUGUCACUUUGGCGGCGCCCUAGUCUAAAUGGCAGGACGUUCAGAAUUGGCGAAAGGAAGCAACGUAAGAACACGGAGCAAAGUGAAUAUUGUGGGAGAACUGUGUCGGACACAGGAAAUGGAGCAUGUGUCAAAGAAGGUCAAGCUUACGAAAAAUACAUAAGUAAAAGUAGUCCCUGCUAGAGAACUAGAUCAGGAAUAAAGAGACAAACUCUGAAAGUACAUCUUUAAUGAACUGAGAACAGAUUCUGCUUACACUUACACUGCAGUUUCCAAAUCUCUGCUAUAUAUGACAUCUCCGGCAGUUCUGUUACCAGGGUUUUCUUUAUAUAAAUCAACACAAAAUAAUAUCCCAACCAUAAAGGCAAUGAUUUCCACACGAGAACCAAUUCAUUCCCAGAAUUCCUCAGUGCAGAGAUGUAUUCAAUAAAAAAAUAAUGCACCGUAGAUUUAAAAAUAUCAAUACAAUUGUAACGGAUCACCUGGCACCCGGACUGGGUACCUCCGUUGAAAGAUGCUCCUAGCACUUCCUGAGGACUCCAAGCACUGCAGCAGACACCACAACCACCGAACAAGAGAAGCAUACGAAUGCUCUCAAGCAUCUGAAUGAUGUAAGCAGCUGAACAGGAAUAGCAUACAAUCAGCUUACACUCCUGGCAAUCAGCAUACAAUCCAAUUCCCCCAAUAACGAGACGACACUUCGUUUUGAGGUCAAGCAGAACUGACUGUACUGGCACAUACAGCCUCUUUUAUUCCCAAUCCACAAACUUAGUACUGCCAACAGGGUUUUAGAGAACAACCAAUAACACACGUACAUUACAGAAAACACUCCCAGCAAUUAUACACAAAAUCCUCCCCUCUGCCUGUGAUAUAAUUAUGGUACACAAUGGGUUAACAUAAUUAUCACAAGCAGGAAAAAUACAGUUUUUAUACAGGUGCUAUAACUUUAAAAAUAUACGUCCAAUCUUCAUAAAAAUUACAUAUUCAGAAUCCGCAUGCUUGAAAUAUACACAUAUUCAAAAAUCAGGGCAAUCGGUUCAGGGGUUAAAAAGUUAAGGGAAAGUCCUAUUUGACCAAAUGAAGCAUGGUUUUUCUGCCCAAAACCAGAUCCACAGAGUCUUCUAUCCUGGAGAUAAUUGGGAAGUAAUCCAAUUAUCUCCAAGGACAGAGGCAAAACUCCAUUAACCACAUGGCAGUACAAGACAGUAAAAUACAAUAAAAUACACAAGGUUACAUUUAUUACAUAAAAUACAGACAUGCAACAUAUCCCCGGAUAGCUUAGAUCUGAGCGCAAAUUAUUACUGAAUGGCGCUCAGAUCACAUACAUACAAAUCAAUUGCCAUGGAGCCAAAGUCUUUCACCUAGUCUUUCGUUAUACGAAUGGGCUCCAUGGCAUAGCUGUCUGGGGUAACACUGCUUACAUAGGGAAAGUACCAAAUGACCCAGUUUUCGGGUCUUUGCAGGGGAAAAUCCAGCAUUUCAACAUGGGGCCAUAGUCACAGGGCAGGAGGCUGGCAAUCAGUCUUCUCCAAUUGCCAGUGGUGAGGUCGGUUUCGCCACAACAAUAUAUUAACUUUUUUUUAGUGCCACAUGAUUGUGCAAAGUACACAUUUGAUGACAGAGGGAUUUUAAAGGGACCUUGCGCACAAGCCAUGGGCCGUGAGACUAAUCAGAUUGUCUCCACCAGUUUAUACUCGUAUAAAGUAAUGUUUCUUGUUAUAGUUUUCCUGUCCCGGACAGCAUUAGGUCUAAAGGCUGGCCUUUUAUCCACCAUAGUUUUCAAAAAAAUAACUCCUAAACCAACCCCCACACGUUUUGGUUAUGUCCUUAUUGUCUGCCCAUGUUUCAUGUUUAGUCUUUUAGGUUUAGAAAGCUUGUUCUUUGUUUUCCUUCACUUGAAUUCCAAGAGAUAAAAUACUUGUGACGCUGCUAUUUGCUAACGUCCUUAGACGGAGUCUAAGCAGUUUUUAAAGUGUCACUUUACUAGUAGUGAUGUCCCAAAUGGUUCGCCAAACGGUUCGCGAACGGUUCGCCACGAACGGUUCACCGCGGACUCAUCAUUGAGUAAACUUUGACCCUGUACCUCACAGUCAGUAGACACAUUCCAGCUAAUCAGCAGCAGACCCUCCCUCCCAGACCCUCCCACCUCCUGGACAGCUCACUAAGAAUGCAGCUUCACAAUGGAUGCUGUCCAGGAGGUGGAAGGGUCUGGGAGGGAGGGUCUGCUGCUGAUUGGCUGGAAUGUCUCUGCUGACUGUGAGGUACAGGGUCAAAGUUUACUCAAUGAUGAGUCCGUGGCGAACCGUUCGCGAACUGUUCGGCGAACCGUUCGGGACAUCACUAUUUACUAGCCAAAUGAAAAAACAAAACAAACAAUGUUUAGAGCUAUACCCCAAUGAUAAAACACAUGCAUUUUUUUCCAUUGGAGGUGUAUCUAAAAACAGCUUGCAAAAGCUACAGAUCUCUUGUUUGCAGCCUUUGUAAGCCCUCCCCUUCUAAACCCGACCAGACUUUCUGUGGCUGUCCAAUCACAGACUUCCCAAUGCAGCUCAGAGAAAGGUACGUGGAAAGAGUCCUGCACCCUCUAGAAUUCAUACUUUGCAGAAAACAAGCCUCUUAAUCAAAGACCUGCUUACCUAGCAUUCAUACUGCAGGGUAGCACUUUUCAUGCUCUUCCCUUCAAUGUAAAAACAUUAUGUGUCCUGGGAAACUGUGCUGGACCUGGCAGUUCUAACUAUGGAUGUCGAUUUCCCAUUGUACUAAUUCUGCCUCAUACCUUUUACUGUCUGUCCAGGUCUUUUUACAUGUAAUAACGUAGGUUUGAUCUGUAAAUGACUGACCCACUAACCUGAGAUUCCGUUUAACGCGACACAGCUGUUUUAGAUUUUGGUGCAGUUAUAUAACCAGAUAAAAUAGAAGUAUGGUUUCCUUACUGAUACAUUUAAUGCAGAGAAAAUAGAUUUAGCAAUUUCUUGGAAACAUUUUGAAGCAAAUAGUUAAGGACUGGUUAAACUGCAUUCCAUUGGGCUACAUAUUAGCAACAAGCCUGGAAUAUUCUAAUAAUUGUAUUUCGAGUUAAAGGAUUCUGCAAGUUAAACUCCGCUUUCAGUUUGUGGUUAUAUCAGUCUUUUGGGGUCAUUUUUGUAUCAUAAAUUGAAUUCUUGACAUAGGUUAUUAUGAUUCAGAUUUAUCUUCCCACUGGAAUUCUGAAACGGGUUUUAUUAAGAACAAAAAAAUAUAAAAAAUGUCAAAUCCUUCAAAUGUACAAAGCAGGAAUGUGUCCUUAUCCCCAUAAACAUUUGUUUAGUGAUAUGUGUAUAUAUUAUUGGAUGUUGGCUUCACACACGCGCCUUUUAACAUUUGACAUUUAAAAAGCGCAAUCUGUGUCCAAAAGCAGCACAUAGCGUUUUGAAUGCUGCCAUUUCAAAGCAAUCAAUCCAUUUAUAUCUCAUCACCUUAAUGUUCAAACCAUAGUUAGCAGCUGUACCCCUUUCUACCUCCCAUCCAAAAAACUGUCCUGUUUGCAAUGGAACUGAUUAACACCAGUAAGUUCCAUUGCUGAUUUUGGCUCCCAUCAUCCUUUACAGCAGUGUGUUAUGGUUUAGUUGCACUUCUGUAACCCAUUUUACAAUAUUUUAUUUUUAAAUCGAGGUAUAGUAAUGUCUUUUGAAUGCUGACCUCUUGCGUAUUCUGGAAGAGGAGUGACUCUAAGCUACUUAGAACACUCUAUAAAAAUUCCCACCACCCGCAAGUAGUCAGUGAACACAAAUUUCGGAAAUCUUGGCUUAAGAUUCAAAGUCAUAAGGGUUUCAUCCAAUCUUAGAAUCUUGGGGUGAAUAGUCAAAGCUUUAAGAACACAAAGUCCCAAGAUUUUGAGUAGUAUUUGCUUUUUAUUUUGUUUGUCUGUUUUAGAGUCCUUCGUGAACGUGAAUUAAUUUUCUCCUAUCUAAAAGCUACAGUUUAGUUUUAUUUUGUUUAUUUUUCUUUCUCUAAAGAUGUAUCUGGGAUAUAGCUCUUUACUAACCCUGUAUACCCCGUAAUUAAAAAAAACCCAGAUACAUUAAAAACGCAUUAUGAUUGUAUUGAUGAUUACGCUGUGUAUUGUUUAUCAGUUGUUUUUAAUUAUGUGAUGUAUAGCUCCUCUUGAAUAUUUAAUGAAAAGAGGAGUUCCUUUCAUGGAAAGAUAAUGUUGGACUGUUUAGGCAAACCGGCACUGUAAAGACUGAUAAACAUGAGCGCAUAUAAGCGCGCUCUGGGUGUCCGUCGCACUAUCUUGAAAAAGAUAUCUUGAAACAUGUUGAAGUGCGAGCGGCAUUAUAAUUCUUGAGCUUGGCAGGAGAGUAGCGGUUUCCAGCUCCGGCGUCCUUCCACGAUCAAAUCAUCGUUCCCCGGCUUGAAUAUCCAGUCAGAACCUGUAUGACAGGAGGCUGGACGUUAAAGUCUUACAAACUACUGUACACCAACGCUUACUUUGUGGUUUUUUGGAAACAAGUACCAAACAAUUUAAAUGUAAUGGUUCACUUUGGGGGAGAGUUUUUUUUUAUUUGCUACAAUAAAUACAGUGUUACACUAUGUGGAUCUCCUUGUAUCCUUUUUAAGGUACUGUGGAUAGUUUUGCGAACACUGCAUUCAAGGAGUGUGGAUCCAACUUUUGUGGUAAUAUUACCCCCCUACAUGAUGGACAUUAUACCAUAUGAUUUAUAUAUUGGAGUAGGACAUGCUGUGUCAUAUAUGCUGCUAAUUCUAUUUAAGUCAUUUAUUUUUACGAAAUUUUUAAGGUGCAUAUGCUGCUUUUCUACUUCAUAGUUUAUAUGUGGAUUACCUGGAUUGUGUAAUAAAGGGUUUAUUCACUUGAGCGCUGACACUUUGAUUAGCAUUGUUUUAUGUGAACAUUUAAAGGAAGUUUCUUAUGUGUAUAGCUGCUUUUUCUUUAUAUAUUUUUUAUUUUGAACCAUUUAUUUUGCACUCUCUUGUUUACUGAUACAUAUCUGGGAUAUAUCUUGGCUAUUUACUAACCCUGUAUAUCUGGGAUACAGCUAUUUACUAACCCUGUAUAUCUGGGAUAUAGCUAUUUACUAACCCUGUAUACCUGGGAUAUAGCUAUUUACUAACCCUGUAUAUCUGGGAUACAGCUAUUUACUAACCCUGUAUAUCUGGGAUACAGCUAUUUACUAACCCUGUAUACCUGGGAUAUAGCUAUUUACUAACCCUGUAUAUCUGGGAUACAGCUAUUUACUAACCCUGUAUACCUGGGAUAUAGCUAUUUACUAACCCUGUAUAUCUGGGAUACAGCUAUUUACUAACCCUGUAUAUCUGGGAUACAGCUAUUUACUAACCCUGUAUACCUGGGAUAUAGCUCUUUACUAACCCUGUAUAUCUGGGAUACAGCUAUUCACUAACCCUGUAUAUAUGGGAUACAGCUAUUUACUAACCCUGUAUAUCUGGGAUAUAGCUAUUCACUAACCCUGUAUAUAUGGGAUACAGCUAUUCACUAACCCUGUAUAUCUGGGAUAUAGCUAUUUACUAACCCUGUAUAUCCCAUUUACUAACCCUGUAUAUCUGGGAUAUAGCUAUUUACUAACCCUGUAUAUCUGGGAUAUAGCUAUUCACUAACCCUGUAUAUAUGGGAUACAGCUAUUCACUAACCCUGUAUAUAUGGGAUACAGCUAUUUACUAACCCUGUAUAUCUGGGAUAUAGCUAUUCACUAACCCUGUAUAUAUGGGAUACAGCUAUUCACUAACCCUGUAUAUAUGGGAUACAGCUAUUUACUAACCCUGUAUAUCUGGGAUAUAGCUAUUACUAACCCUGUAUAUCUGGGAUAUAGCUAUUUACUAGCCCUGUAUAUCUGGGAUAUAGCUAUUUACUAACCCUGUAUAUCUGGGAUAUAGCUAUUCACUAACCCUGUAUAUAUAGGAUAUUUACUAACCCUGUAUGGGAUACACUAACCCUGUAUAUAUACAGGGAUACAGCUAUUCACUAACCCUGUAUAUAUGGGAUAUAGCUAUUUACUAACCCUGUAUAUCUGGGAUACGGCUAUUACUAACCCUGUAUAUCUGGGAUUAUUUACUAACCCUGUAUAUCUGGGAUAUAGCUAUUCACUAACCCUGUAUAUAUGGGAUACAGCUAUUUACUAACCCUGUAUAUCUGGGAUACAGCUAUUCACUAACCCUGUAUAUAUGGGAUACAGCUAUUUACUAACCCUGUAUAUCUGGGAUAUAGCUCUUUACUAACCCUGUAUAUCUGGGAUAUAGCUAUUUACUAACCCUGUAUAUCUGGGAUACGGUUAUUUACUAACCCUGUAUAUCUGGGAUAUAGCUAUUCACUAACCCUGUAUAUAUGGGAUACAGCUAUUUACUAACCCUGUAUAUCUGGGAUACGGUUAUUUACUAACCCUGUAUAUCUGGGAUAUAGCUAUUUACUAACCCUGUAUAUCCCAUUUACUAACCCUGUAUAUCUGGGAUAUAGCUAUUUACUAACCCUGUAUAUCUGGGAUACAGCUAUUCACUAACCCUGUAUAUAUGGGAUACAGCUAUUUACUAACCCUGUAUAUCUGGGAUAUAGCUAUUCACUAACCCUGUAUAUAUGGGAUACAGCUAUUCACUAACCCUGUAUAUCUGGGAUAUAGCUAUUUACUAACCCUGUAUAUCCCAUUUACUAACCCUGUAUAUCUGGGAUAUAGCUAUUUACUAACCCUGUAUAUCUGGGAUAUAGCUAUUCACUAACCCUGUAUAUAUGGGAUACAGCUAUUCACUAACCCUGUAUAUAUGGGAUACAGCUAUUUACUAACCCUGUAUAUCUGGGAUAUAGCUAUUUACUAACCCUGUAUAUCUGGGAUAUAGCUAUUCACUAACCCUGUAUAUAUGGGAUACAGCUAUUCACUAACCCUGUAUAUAUGGGAUACAGCUAAUUACUAACCCUGUAUAUCUGGGAUAUAGCUCUUUACUAACCCUGUAUAUAUGGGAUAUAGCUCAGUCUUUAAUAACUCUGUAUCUUCGGCUUGGAAGUCCCUUUCUGGAGUGUUGACUGAGAAUUUAAUAAGUUGCUUAUUCUUUAUUCCUGCAGACUUGAAGAGGAGCUCCAGGCUUAUUUGGAAGACAGAGAUCCAGAAGGCACUCCAGAUAUAGGAGCCGACAUGAGAAAAAUUCAGCAUUCCUUUGCUUUUUUCAAGGUAGCAGACAGUACCUGCAUGUCUGUAUAGUGUGUAGGAGGAUUUGUUAAAUAUUUCACAGCACUUAAUGUUUCUGGUGGGUAACGUGUGCAUUUUUACUGCGUGCCAGCAAGUGCACGACUGGUACAAUGCACAGAAUGCCCAUCGAACAAGGGCAACCUGGAGUAAAUUAGGCUUCUGAUUUCUGCUAUAUACCCAAUGGGAAUAAGGUCCAAGAGAGAAUUGCUGUAUUGACUGCAGGCCAAUUCAUCGUAGGUAAGAUAGUCUGUAAAAUAAUCUCCUAAUUGGCGAGGGACCCAGUGAAAAUUACACUAAAUGUGUCCAAAUACUGGGAAUAUCACAGAUAAUUGUGGAAUUGGUCAGUUAUUCCUGGUCACUAGUCGUUGGAUUUGGUUUUAUUAAAUAGUUCCUCCAGAAAGUCAGUACAUGUAUCAUGUGUGACUUUCUCUCAAACAGAGACUUUUAAAUCACUGGAAGCACCAUGGGGGAGAGACUGCUUCUGAGAGACCUUCUAGUUCUACAUCAAAACCCGAAGACAUUAAGAAACUCCGGGAUCUUCUGCAGCAAAGAGAUAAUGAGAUCAGUAUCCUUUUAAUUGUAAACGGUUUAUCUGCUCACUCCCAUCUCAGCCAACAGUGACUUCUGUUUACCUGCUCACCUGUAUCAAUACCAGGCAUAGUAACUGUUUACCUGCUCACCUGUAUCAGUACCAGACAUAGUAUCUGUUUACCUGCUCACCUGUAUCAAUACCAGACAUAGUAUCUGUUUACCUGCUCACCUGUAUCAGUACCAGACAUAGUAACUGUUUACCUGCUCACUUGUAUCAGUACCAGACAUAGUAACUGUUUGCCUGCUCACUUGUGUCAGUACCAGACAUAGUAUCUGUUUACCUGCUCACUUGUAUCAGUACCAGACAUAGUAUCUGUUUACCUGUUCACUUGUAUCACUGCCAGGCAUAGUAUCUGUUUACCUGCUCACUUGUGUCAGUACCAGGCAUAGUAUCUGUUUACCUGCUCACUUGUGUCAGUACCAGGCAUAGUAUCUGUUUACCUGCUCACUUGUAUCAGUGUAGUUAGUGUCACAAACACACCCUACUUCAAGAGUGUGCAUGACAUAGUUGUGGUGGUGAAAGGGAUAAAGUUCACUAUUUGUCUGCACUAGACCGGAAAUAAUGACAGAACCCCCCUUAACACCAUGCACACUUAGACAUAAUAAUAGAACUAUUACUAUUUUAACACUGCCACCACCAAGACAAUUUAUAAAUGGUCCCCAGGUAAAUCAAUAAUAAAAACCCACCAAAUACAACUUAGCACAAUAUUUAAGGAAUUGCAAAAAUACUAAUUAGUCUCUUCAGGUAACGUGAUUCUUUACCAGACAAAAGCAGAACUUAAUAAAGGAAUUUUGAUUAUGAACAAAAAAUAGUCACGGUGCAUACAAAAAUAUAGAUGUCAAUCAAAAUUAUUUACACCAACAAUGAAAGGGAUAAAAUAACAGAAGUCCCUAUCAUUUACUCAGCUUUUCAAAGUAAGACUUCUGCCCCAUUGGGUUUCUGGUAGGAAAGACAGUGACUCACUUAGAAUUAGAUUCUGUCCUCAAGCAAGUACAAUACACCCUUCAGUAUCAUUAGAGAUAUACCCUGUAUAGGUGGAGUUAAGGCGUAUCUAUAGAGAUACUACAUGACCACCCCCUUGUGUCCAGACCCACAUCAAUCCAAAUGGAAACAUUUGGUUCUACCUUCUCUUAUGUACCUGCCACAGAAAUAAUAAUUGCAUCUACGAAUGUGUUAUUAUUUUCCCAUUCCAUAGGCAUGUUACACUUCUUACUUGCGACCCACUAUGGCAGACAUGACAAUCCCUUCCCCUAUGGUUAAGUUAUGCCUCUCAUGUUUGGGCUUGUUUAGAAGAUGGCACUUGUCACAUUCCUAAUACAACAGAAAUGAGACUUGAUUAUUAUUCUGUGGGUAAAUAUUAAUGUUUUUCUCUUUUGGAUAUGAUACUGGAACAAGGCUAAUAGCCAUUAACAUAUCAAAGAGAUUGAUUCAUCAAUUAAGAGGCACAAGCCAUAUGCCUUUUCAAGUGUAGAAUCUCACACCUUGCAGGGCCUUUGAUUAACCACAGGAUGUCUUUCCUUUUUCACAUUCCUAUGCAAUUUACAUUACUCUUUCUGUCAUCUGACCUCUGUGGGGGUCCCAGCUUCUAAAAGGAAUUAAGGCUAUAAACCUUCCAUACAAUCAAAUUAACCCCUUUGGACUUUGACAAUACCACCUCUACCAGGCAGGCAUAUUAUCUUUGCACUACACAAAUUAAAUUAAAGGACAAUAUUCCAUAGUGCAAUGAUGGAUUACGCACCCUUGCCAUGACAGUUAGGUCUUCCAUGUACUAGAGAAGGAUAAAUAUACAAAGAUUAUUUUGCAUAUUACCGGACCUUAGAGUGGCCAUGCUUAACGCUCAGGUGGAAUAAGGCUUGCAAAAUCUAUGUCUGGAAAAUACGCUAGGUAAAAAUAUCUAAUAACAGUGGGGUAAAAAUACUAGCCAAGUAAGGGUACAGGAGAGCAGAGGAGUCAAGACAGUCAAGUGUCAAAAUACCAGUAGAAAACCGUAAUAGAACAAUACAGUAAUAGAAUAACACAUUUAAGGCUGUGAACUACGAAAGGUUAAUGGUCCUGAAAGGGCAGCGGUUUAAUUAGGACCUCUGUCCCGUAUCUUCAACCGAUGUCAAGUUCAAGUUGAGCGCUUGAACAAAUGCGGAAGGUGGAAAAAGACAUGAUCUAUCUAUUCUGUGUCAGGGUUACUCACUAAAGUGAGAAUUCACAGCUAUGCUUCAGUAUGGCUAAUUAAGCCUUAAAUUUAAAAUUCACUUUGAAUUCUUGGCAUGUUCCAGCAAAAUACAGCGUGUUUCACCAAGGCAUAGUCAGACUUAUUCACUUUUGACACCCUACAGCUUGGCAGAGACACCCUACAUUUUGACAGAGACCCUUGUGGCUUGCUUGCUUAAAUACAUUUUUUUUGUGUGGCUAUGGUGGGGUCCAACUGACUAAAAACUGUGUUUCGAACAUUAAAACUACAUCAUAUACUUCUCCAUGGACUCUUUUAUACAAAGGGAAAUGCUAGAUUUUCUAAACUUUUUAAAACAGAUAUACUGGUUAGCAUGCUAAAGAAAGAAAAGAAGAGGGCUGAAGACGCCAUAUUUGAAAUAAAUUCCUCUGGCAACCACCACCGUUUUGGGGUUUCAGAUGUCUCUGCUGGAAAUGUCAGUCAGCAGUCACCUGGAUCAGUUGGUGUCCAAGCCGAGAGAGACGGCUCCAACCUGGAACAGAGAUUCACUGCUCAGCACAGGAAAACAGGUGCGUGAAAUAAAUGGUCUGAUAGCCAGCACAGAUAAUGGACGUGUGUGUAUACAACCUGAUUCCUUUAAAUGUCUCCGGGCAAUCAUAAAACUAAAAGCGGUUUUAAAACAUGACACCAUGUUCUUUAAAAUGACAUUCCACUCCAAAAACUUUAUUCCUAAAACCAUGGAAACAGACAUCCGAUUCCAGCCAACUGCUUAUAUACAGAGAUAUGUGAGCUUCUAGCCAGAUGUAUGCAGAAUCCAAGCCAGUUAUAUCGCGUAUGCGUCUACAGGAUGAAAUAGCUUCAGAGAAAGUUGGACAGUAACCUAUUUGUUUAAAGUCAUCUUCAAAUACAAUCCUGACAUUACCACUAUACCUCAGAACAUGUGCAGAUUGUAUAUUGUAUUGGAUGUCUUGGCAUAUCUUAACCCAGUGGAAUAAUAGGGUUUUAUCGUGUGAUAUUAUCACUCCUAUUAAAUUCCAGAGAAAAUCUGGGGUUCAUUCAGCUAUAUGGGUAUAAAGAAAAGUAUGCCUUCAUUGGAAACAUAUUGAGCUUUCCAUUCUCUCUGUGUGGGAUGUUCUGGUACCUGAUUAAUGUGUAGUGUCAUUUUGUGGAGUAUUCUGUAAAGUACCUCACUGUUUUUUAAAUAUUACAGAAUUUCUCUCUUAUAUAUAUGUUUAUGUGUAGCCACACAGCCCUUCCACUCAUUACGUGAUCAAUGUAAUCAAGUCACAUUACAGCAGAUAUGUACAUUGGCCUAGCCCAGCUUAGUGUGCAGGUGUAGCAAUUCUUAGAGCAUGUGUUUAUUGUAUAUUCCAUAUUUGUUUAUAUAUAUAUAUAUAUAUAUAUUUUAGUAAACAAAAAAAGUUUAAAGAAAAUACAUACAUGAAAAAAAUGCAAAGUUGUGAAACAACAUUUUCUAAAAUACAUUAUGCCAAUUCCAACAAGUCAUAUCAACUCAGGUAAAAUAAGCAAAGAGUGAGACAUCGGCAUGGUCCGCAGAGGGCGUAUGAGAGUAAUUAGAGAAGUUCUCUAGCUAUGUACAUUAGUAAAGUCAUUGUCCAUCUAGGCGUUCAGCAACAAAGAUCCUUGAGCUUAUCGAUAUUUUCCUCAUGUUAAGACCAGACAGGUGGAAAAAAAGACAAUAUAGUGCGAACAGAGCAGUAAGCUAAACAAACAAUACACGGCCACCGAUAUGCAUGUAUAAUUUGCCCUAAUAAAACUAACAAAGUAAGUAAAACUAAACCCAACUGGGUAAAUCAUUAAAAAGGAGUAACUCCAAAUAGAAGAAGGGACCAAGUUGAGGAGAGUGAUUAAAUGUUAGUGAAAGAGUGAAAUGAAUAGAAAGCUUUGUAUGACGCAUCUAUAUAUGUUUGUACAAGUGUGCCGUAAUACCAGCACAAAAACACAGAAAAGUCGUAAGAUGAUUCUUUCAGCAGUUAUAAGCGAAGGACUGAUGACUAUGGCCGUUAUUUUCCUAUUCUAUCUAGACCUCUGCCUGGAUUGUUAAUGGUGGUGGCUGUGCUAUGUCAGUACAACAAACAAAAAUUCUAUUCAUGAACAAUGGCACUAAACAUAAAAAUCCAGUGCUGCUUAAACGGUCGUCCAAGUGUCACUUUAGCACUUCAUACAUAUGUAAAAUAAAGAUAGGAACAAGGUGAUUGCGCACACAAUGGUUGCAAUAGAUUCACAGCAGACAAUGGCAGAUAAAACCUAUAUAAUAAAACCAUAAGAAGCCAUCAUGGAAUGGGGACCUGAUGUCGAAGAACUUUCUCCUGCAUCAACUUAAGAUUGAUGAAAUGCCGACUUCUAUUGGCUCUAUAUUUGUUCCAAAUUAUUUUAAUCCACAGUGUUCGUAUAUACUGUGUGUAUGAUGGUUUCCUACGUUUAUAUAAUACAGGUUUUAUGUGCUAUGUCAGUGCCACAGGGUUUGUGUUUUGGGGUACAUUUGAGGAAGUUAGUUGUUUCAUACCUUGUUUGCACCUCCCUUUGGAAUUCUAUUUAUUUUUUGAUUUCCCAUAUUGGUAGAGGGACUUUUCCCAUGAUCACAAGUACAACUUAUAUUUUUUUGCCUCAGAUAUGGAAAAAGUAUGUGUGUUUUCCUAGAUAAAUCUACAUCUAUUGACUCUGCCAUGUCAGUCCUUGAAAAGCUUGAAAACAGAUUUUGUGGUAUUUUCCUUUUAGUACCUUUUAUCCUACCAUAUGUGUCUCCUGGAUCCAUUGCUGAGUCCCGUAUCUUAUUGCUGUAUUUUUGGUGCAUUAAAUGGAGCUUUAUUGCUGCCAGGUGCCACCUAUGUAUCAUCGUGUAAUAUUGAGAUUUUCCAAGGAUUCAAUCCAUUUUCUCUGGAAAUGGUCCAUGUUCUGUUUUCCUUGUGGUUCAGACUUUGAGUUUAGUCAAAUUUCUUGGUGUAAUAGGGGAGAUUUAUUGGUGUCGCCAACUCCUUUACAUCUAAUUUUCUGUGAAUUUUCUGCACAGUUUAUUUAAUCUCUUGUUUUUUGUAUUUAUUGUUUCUCUUGUGCCCUAAAUAAUAGUUUUCAAUUCAGGCCCUUUUUCGGCAAAGGAUUUUCAACCUUACUGACACUUUUUCCGGCAGAACAUUUUUUAUAUAUUUUUUUCCUAACAAUUUGAAAAACAUUUAUUAUGAAGAAAACUACUACUUUUAGAAUACUUUAUAGUAAUAGAAUUAAGAUUGUUGAGGUAGGUUAGGUGGAAAAAUGAAACCGGAAAACAGGUUGCGCCUAAAUAAAACAACAAAGUAUAAAGGACAGAUUUGUAAGAUAUAAACCAGGAUAAAUAUAAAAACACACAAAGCAGGAUGAACUAUAAAAUAAAUAGUCCUAAUGGUCUUCUGAUGAUCUCAAAUUUUCUGCAUCAUAAGGAUGCAGAAAAAAAAGGAAAACAAAUGGGGAUACUGAUAGUGUAAUAUGUAACACAAUGAGUGAAUAACAUAUAACAUAAGGUGUGUAAACUCCUACUCACAUUUACUAGAGCAAUCAUACAAGCUCUGGUACUAACAGAGUGUAGUGGUACAAUCCCCACUAGUGGAUAUUGAUGAAUAUAUGAUCUCUCACGUGGGUCAGCGUGAAAUAUGUAAAGACAAAAAACAUCCAAUAGUGCUUGUCAACAUAAAGUGACCAAAGUGCUAAAAAUAGGAAUUGCUACUGAUAUGGCUACUGAUAUGAUUGGUUCACAUAUUCUUUGACAGCGCUUGCAUAUAUGGAAGAAAAUAAACAGUAUAUAGUACUCUCUGUAUGUAAGUACCGGUACAUAUGAAAAUAGAUAAAGAUGUACUUUCAAUUUUUGGAGCAGUAAAAUUGCUCUAUUUUGACAGAGUUAGUGGUACAAUCCCCACCGAGGAUCAGUUGGUGAUGUUCCAAUUUGUAUUUCAGGGUAUACCAGGAACUGAUGAAGGUUAAAAAAUUAAAUUAUAAAAAACAAAUUGGUCCAAAUUAUUAGUGAACUACAGAAGUUUAAUAAAAAUAGUUUAAAAACAGAACAAAUAUAAUCCGCAACGCUUUUCACCAGCAAUACAGUCUUUAUCAAGUGAAAAGUGGGGUACCUGGCAUUAGGUUAUAUAUAUGGGAAGCACAAACUAAAAUUUGGAACCUUAAUGACGUCAUGGUCACGUGAUCACAUUUUUGAUCAUGUGACUAUGUGUGAGAAAACAUAAAUGUACAUAAUAAAAGCUUUAAAACGGGUGCAAUGUGGCUGGAGUAGCCAGAGUGAGCGUAUACACUUGAGAAAACACAUCAUAAGACAGGUAGCAUAGUAUGAUAAUGAUGAGUAUGGUCACGUGAUUGGAGGUAAGUGUCAAGUGAUCAGGACUGAUCAUGGUUGAAGGUCAAAUUUGAACUGAAUUGUGCACGGAUUUGGUUGAAGUUCAAAUUUGGGCUGAAUUGUGACGGAAUUUGUAGCGAAACUCAUUCACACGUAGCUUUUCUGCUUAUCAGAAUGAGGGAUGGCCAGAGAGAAGGCCAGGUGUCUUUCCUAUGGACAUUUACUGACUUUAUAAGCAAACUUUCUCUUAACAUGGAAACAUGGACAUGCUUCAGCAGCAAUUAUUGAAUUCCUUUACACUCCUCACUCCAGUAAGAACUCCAGUAGUAUUUACUCCAUAGAAGUGCUCUCCUUGAAAGUAUCACCUUCUGACUUUCCCUGACCUCACCUGCCAUCCAUACUAUGUUUGUUUUAUGGCACUUGUGAUAUAAUAGGGAUAAUAAUGGAAUAUAACUUAUUUAUUAGAGCAAUGGCCUUGCUUUGUAAGAUCAUCGUAAUUAAACACAUUUCUUUCUCAUUGAUGAGUUUCCUGAAUAUUUACCCAGAUUUUUAUUUCAAUACGGUAAAAAGUCAUCAAACAAAUGAAGGUUUUUCAUGACCUGAUUGCUGAUGGUUUUUAGAUGAUGUUGAAGAUUUUCCGCAUUAUGAAUUCGGAUGCAGAGGAGAGCCCAGUUAA